CUGUGAAAUAUGUCAGUAUGUUAUUAUCCCCCUAUUGCAAAACGUGCUUGUGUGUCUAAAAGAGACUUGCCUGCAACCAAUGGAAAAGGAAGUGGCACGUUGCCCUAGCACUGUCCUCUUUUAUUGGCGUUUGGGCUGCAGAGAUGGGUUUUGCCCGCAACAGUACUAUUCCAGAAUUUGAGAAGUUUGCGGAUCGUAACAUGACGAUAUGUUUCCUGAGGAGAGAAACGUGUCCCCGCCGUGCCAAAAGGGAGUCCCUCUGUUUCUUUCCUUUCUCACCCUGAAACCAUCGCGGAUCCAAUGAACGCACUACCGAGGGCCGGUCUCCCGAGGGCGGGACGUACCCAUGUGACUGACCGACCAGACGGGGAGGAACCGCCGCCCCCGACAAGCGGCGGCCUACCCGGGCCCAGCGGCGGCGGCGGCGGCGUUUCCGAGUCUGUCGCUGCCGGGCCCGGGCCGGCGAGGCCUCUGCUCCAUGGGGAGGCCGGGCAGCCCCCCGCAGGCGGAGAGCCGCUGCCCACUGUGGGCGCUGCCGGAGGAGCUGCUGCUGCUCAUCUGCUCGUACCUGGACGCGCGGGCCUUGGGCCGCCUGGGCCAGACCUGCCGCCGCCUUUGCCGCUUCACCUGCCGGGAUGCGCUGUGGAGGCGACUCGCCCGUUCCUGCCUCAACGCAGGCUUCAGCGCGCACGGCGCCGACCUGUAAGCGCCUGGGCUGGGGAAAAGCCGGCUGGGAAAACACGGGGCUUCGCGGCCUAGCUGGUUGCUAAGGGGCGCCCUUGUAACCAAGGCCACGCCCGCUCUGUCAGGGGAGGUGGGGGGUUCCUGAAGCGCCAGGGCCCGGCGAAGGAGGGAGGGAGGGAGGAUGACCGCCGCGGAUUCCCGCGGAGGAGUCCGGAUGGCCUGGCGGAGGGGCGGAGAUCUUGUUCGGGGCUCGUAAUGGGCGCGAAGCAGCCUGGGAUACACAAUCAGUUCAGGGGCCGAACUGUGCUUAGUUUUGUUGUCCCGGGACAUACUGUCCUUAGGUACCUUAUUAGACACGGUAUGUUGUGUCCUGGACCCAUUGAUCUGUGCCAUCCAAUGUUAGAUCCCACAAUCUUGCAAGGAACCCAGGCUUUUAGGGCAUCUAUUACUGUGACAGCGGAUGCCUGUUUUCACUACAAUUUAGCAUUGGAGGCACGCUUUAGGUAACACUCAAAAAGAUGUAGAUGUGGGCUUGUCCCUUCAAACUCUACAAUUGUAUGAUUAUAUAUGCUUCCAGAAUAAGCGGGGGGGGGGGGGCUUCCUUCUUGCAGCCCCAACCCUUACACACCCGGCAGUAAGUCCCAUUGACUUCAGACUCUCUUUGAACUCGGUUGCGUUGUCUGUUGUCUGUACAGCCCUGGUUCUGAACAGAAGGCAACACUUUUGAGACCCAGAGAUGCCUAAUAGCCCUUGGGUCUAGUUGCAUUUCCAUGUGACAUCCCAGACUGUCUUGAGUCUCAGAUUUCUUAAUAAUUUAUAACCUGAUACAGAAAGUGGAAGAAAAGCGAGUUUACUUCUUUGUCAGCAUGGACUUUUCAGUUUUAAUAUGCAGGAAAUUUAAAGGUCGAUUAAAGGUGUUGUGUAUUCCUGUUGCCUUGGUAGUAGUUGUGGGCCUGCUGUGAUUACUCGGGGUACUCUGUGCCCCUCAAGUGUAGCAAGGCUGGAAUCACAGCUGAAUUAGAUUGGUUCUUUUCUGACCUAUGCUUAAUUACUGAUUAGUAUGUUUAAGUUCUACUCAAACUCUGCUUAAGGGAUGGAGUUAAUGCAAAAUUACAGUGUUAAAACAAUGCACUUAAUGUACAUCAGCAAAGAACUUACUGUGUUCCUGUUUUGCUUUAUCUUCCUUUACCCUGUCCUCCGGGUUUGUUUCUGAAGUGCUCAAACUGGGAAGUGUAUAAUGUUGCACUUUCAUGCGCAUGGAUCAUUGCAUUUGUAAUUGUGUGGGAAACAAACUGCCAAUAUCAUCAACAUGUGGUGAGGAAAAUUUCACUACUUCCCCGCCUCCUUUGUUUUCUGAAGAAAUUUGCGGCAUAAAUUGCCCCAUGAGGUAGCUGGAUGCAACAGAUGCAGCAUAGCAUCUAAAUAGAUUACAUUUCAGCUGGUAACUGACCAGCUGAAAUGUUCAUCGUGUAGAUGCUAUGCUAUAUAUUUAAUAAAACCCAGUUUACUAGUAGUGACAAUUGAAUCAAUGGUAGUUUGUGAAGGAGUAUGGGGAGGAGCUAUUAGCUCCAUACAUCUCUUAUAUGCAGACCCCUAGUUCAAUCGCUGGCAUCUCUAGCUACAUCUGAAGUAGUAGGUUGGAGAGAGACUCCUCCUUGAGACAUUGAAGAGCUGUUGACAGUCCAUGUUGAUCAGGCAACAGCUGGUCUGCAUGUUCUGGUUUGAGGGUUUCAUUCACCUUUGGCCAACUCUUGGGGACUAAUGCCAGUGGUGGAUGUGACCUAAAGCAAGAAUGGUCAUCUCAGACGCCCACACAUGCACACUCUCCCAUGUGCGUGCACACACAGGACAAACACACAGCUUUGUAUCCUGGUUAAAGGAUUAGUGGUAACUGGUGAAUGCUGGUAUUGACAUAUCCUUUAAUAGUAGUUAAACGGAGAGAAAGUUGUCUUUCUUUGAUUUCGUAACCAUAUUAAAACUAUAUAAGCUCUUUUGGUAUUUAACAACUUAUGUGGUAUUUUAUUUAUUUAUUUAUAAUAAGUAUUUCUGUACUGGUGUAUCAUAAAAUAUAUCAAGGUGGUGUACACUAGAAGACACAAUUUAAUAUUCUCACUUAAUAUUAAAGAUACAGAUAAUCAUUCAGGUGACUUAGUAAAAAAAAAGAAAUAAACAGCUGCAAGGCCUGUCAGUACAAGAGCCUUCAAGAGAUGCCUGAAAGUGAGAAUACCUGCCAAAUCAUUGCUGGAAGAAUUUUCCACAGCAUUGGACAGAUGACACUAAAUGCCCAACUCUAGCCGAGACCAAUUGGGCCUCUGUAACAUGAGAUUGAGACUUCCUCAAUCUCGGCCCUCCAGAUAUUUUUUUGGCCUACAACUCCCAUGAUCCCUAGCUAGCAGGACCAGUGGUCAGGAAUGAUGGGAAUUGUAGUCUCAAAACACCUGGAGGGCUGAGGUUGAGAAAGCCUGCUCCAGAUGAUCUCACUUUUUCACCAGAUGAACUUCUCUCUGGAUGAUUUUCAUUAAUUUGUUUUGGUGUUUUUCUUAGAUAAAUCUUGGAUUUAUUUUUAAUAAAUCCAGACUUUCAUUUGAGUGUAUCUUAUAAGGUUCAUAGGGGCAGAACCUGAAGUGUUUAAAAAAAUCUGAUGCAUUUGAAUUAAAAACAUCAAAAUCUUCAGUUAAUCAUGAGCCAAGAACCAUGAAAUAAUUAUUAAAGUUCAAACAGAUUCUACUGGGCCUGACUAACAUUAGUUGGAUGGCCCUGAACAGUUUAAAGAUAGCUUUAGAACUUAAUGCUCUUUCCAAAAAAUCUUCUAUUAUGCUAAUCUGUUUAAAAAUGUUGCUGAAUGGAAAACCAAGGAGACACAUCAAGACCUGGGGUUGUGGGAGGUAGUAAAGGAAAUUCCCUUUGCACCAGUGUCUUGGGCGAUAGUUACAUUGAAAUCGGCAGGGGUGAGGGCUGUAGGAUUGUUGUAUCUUUCAGCACCUGGGAUCUGCUUGCUGUGCUAUAUUGUCCUUCCUUCUGAGGAAAUGAAUUUUUGUAUUUUUUCAUUAACUAUAAGCUCUACAUUGGAUGCAGGAGGGGGUCAGGUAUACAGCAUAACAGGUGCAGUAGUUGGUAGGGCCUCUACUCUUAUUUCUAAAGUGAAAGGCUGAACAAUAAUCUGAAAUUUCAGGCAAACUGAGGAAAGUGUACAAAUGAAAGCAUAUAUAAACCUCUCGAGGUAACUUUAAAUGUUCACUAGCUUUUCUUAAAGGCUUUUUUUGAUUGCAUUUUCCUGUUGUAUAGUGGACUCUUAAAAUACCUCAAUAGCAUUAUGAGUGUGACUGUGUGAAGAGUGGUGGGAAAAUGUUUAGAAUUGGCCUCUUCCUGUAUUUUGCUUCUUAUCCCUGGGCAUUAUAAGGCUUCCUAGAUUUGAGCACAUUGUGUGAUAGUAGUGCUGGGUUUUUUUUUGCCUGUGGUCAGACAGUGAACUGGUUAUGUGCUUCUUAGCUUGCAGUAGAAGACAUGUACAGUAAUACACUGUACAGCAUACACUGGUCCUUGGACUUGGGUUUUAUACUCCUGCCAGCGAACACUACCUAUAACCACUUUCCUGCCACAUAACAGAUGCUUAUCAUGGGGCAGAUGGAGCUAUGGGUGGGAUAAGCUGGGCCCACAGUUACGGUGAAGCAGACAACAACUUUGAAUUUCUCAGAUCUUGUGUGCAGGUGCAGAUGGUGACUAGGGGUUGCCAGUUGUGUGUUAAUUUUAGGUAAAAUUAUGAAGGUUUAUAUUUGUCUUGUUUAAGGACUUCAGAAAGGAACAAAUUUUGAAAAUAAGUUGUGGUAGUCAGAGUCACAGCUACAGGUUUCUAUUGGCAAAUUUCAGGGUUUGUUUGUUUUAAUAUUGCUUUCAGCAUUAGUUUUGGACUUUUGAGCUAACACCUCUCCAAAUCCAACCAUAUGGGAUUAUUUCCAGCUAAUCUCUAAUAUUCAGUAUUCUUGGAUGAGGUUCUUGAGUAUGUAGUGGUACCUCAGCUCCAGGUGUUCUUGGAUGAGGUGAAUUAUCUAGAUCCAUUUCAAACCAGCUUUAGGCUGCAUUUGACAGGAAACUGAGAGAUGGCUGCUGUUCUAGAUGGCUGCUACUGGGCCAACUUCUUUCCAGAAAAGAUCCAUGGGUGCCCCAUCUCUGCUGAAUUUCAGCUGGCAGGCAGUUACAUACUUAUUCUGACAUGUAAGCAAUUACAUAUUUAUUCAAAUAUACCUUUGGCCUCUAUUAUUAUUUACUGGAUUUCUUACCUGUCCUUCACCAUAAGGUCACAGGGUGAGCAACAACAUUAUAAAAAGACAAUAUUAAAAUCAGUUGAAACAAUUUUGAUUCAGAAGCAUAGGGUGGGUCCUAGUUUGUGUGUAUAUAUAUCAUGUGUCAAAAGUAAUGGUAAAGAGUUGUGUUUUCAGUAUACAGUGGUACCUCGGGUUACAUACGCUUCAGGUUACAUACGCUUCAGGGUACAGACUCCACUAACCCAGAAAUAUUACCUUGGGUUAAGAACUUUGCUUCAGGUUGAGAACAGAAAUCGUGCUCCAGCGGCGCGGCGGCAGCAGGAGGCCCCAUUAGCUAAAGUGGUGCUUCAGGUUAAGAACAGUUUCAGGUUAAGAACGGACCUCCGGAAUGAAUUAAAUACUUAACCUGUAUGGCAAUAACUAUAUAGUGAAGGUGUCAGGUGCGCCUCUGUGCUUAGGAGCUGCCACAGAGAAUUCCUUCUCCCAUUCUGUACCCCCACCAAUGUCUCAGUGUGGCAGAACUAUGAAGAGGGUUCCUAUACAACACCUGAGGGAGUUCUGUAGGAAAGGAGAUGGUCUUUCAGAUGUUUGGGGCUUUAGUCAUUUAGGUCUUUAGAAGUAAUGUAAGCACCUUCAAUUGGGCCCAGAAAUGAACUAGCAUCUAUAAGCUCACUAGUUUUGCCAGUAUAAAUGUUGCAGUUUGCUAAACAGCCAGUUUUGUUUGUUCGUUUUACAGAUGCUUUACCUAUGUGUGCUAAUGUUUUGAUAUUUUAUAUUUUACUUGUUUUUUACUGUUAGCUAGCCACCUUGAGCCCUGUUUGGUGGAAUGACAGCAUGCAAACAAACAAAUAAGCAGUGUACUGGUCUUGGAGGUUAUCGUCUCACUUAGCCAAGGGUUUGAUGGUGUUCUGGUCAGGUUUCUCUACUUUGACAUUUUUUUUGUCAGUUUUUAAAAUGGAAAUUACAGUUUGAGUAUUACAUUAUAAGUUUUAUUUUGUUUCCAGAAGCCUAGGAGAGGGAGGCAUUGGCAGAGUAUCCUUGCUGACUAUUCCUGCACAAGGAUGAAAAUAAUCUCAGAACAUUUUGGUACACUCAUCAAGAGUUGGAUGCCUCAGGUUUCCAGCCUUGUGCACGACUACUAAUGCUUUCCUAUUAUACUGGAGGUGCCCCAUCUAAUAAUUGUAGAAUGCCAUUUGCCCUCUGUGUGAGCAUACAUUGUGGCUUCUGCUCUCUCUUUUUAUCCUUUGAAUUCCUAGGAGACUAGCAUGGAAUGAGCUUCUGUACUGUGCACAGCUGUGUAUUGCAGGUGGGGUAGAUUGAUUAAGGUAUUAGUCUCUAACAUGAUCUAUGGUGGAUUGUGCAGUGUUCUAACAAACAGGGUAAAAAAACAUCUCUAAAUGUCCACAUGAGUAUUUGAACUUACUAUUAAGUAUGGAAUUUGCAGUACUUGAUUCAGAGCACAUGGGAGCUAGGAAGCCAAGGUUCACAACUGUAUUUAUUGUCGUCUUCAGAAGUUUGCAAAAGGUUUUGUUUAACGGUUUCUGUGUGAUGAUAAAAACUGAGUUUAGCAUUUCUUUAAAGGCGGUGGCAGGGAGAAAGAGAUUGUGAUCAAUCACCUGCAGGAGCAGGAAAGGGCCAUUUGAUUUUAAUAUAGUUUGCCCAAAUGUACAUUGCAGCAGGAAGAGAGGUCUUGUAUUACAGUAUGUGCACGUGGUGACUGAGUGCAUAAUUUGAAAGAAUUGUAUGCUGCCCUUCAGUAACCAAAUGUCUGUAAGAAAGUUCCCUUCAGAUCUUGUAAAGCAACAUCUCUAAAGUGCUUCCUGGUGUUGUCAGAAAUGAUGAGCCCCCUUCCCUAAACGCCAGAGCAUUCUUUGCCGUUGCGGUUUUAUGACCAGCAAUGUGGUAGUUAACUUGGACUCUGUUUUAUUCAUCGUACACCUUCUUGUCAUCUUACUCUUGGCCUUAGCUCUCCCUUUUAAACUUGCCUAUUCAGAAAUAAAAAUAUACCUGGGGUGAGCCGUAGCUGAGUGGUGGAACAUAGUGUUUUGUUUUUUAAGCAAACACCCUGCACCUGAGCAUCCUUGUUUGGAAUUAAGUUGUCUCAUUUUUAUAGGACUUGCUUCCAAACUGAAAGAGCUGUGACAUAUAGUUUUCAGGCUACAUAUAGCUCAAAUGCAUUUUAGUGUCAUCCAUGGAUUUUUACAAGAAUUUUGAUCAUACCAAGGUUAUAUAACAUCAAUAAAAUAAGAUUUAUUAAAGAUUAAAUUAAAAUAAUUAUUGUGAAGAUACGUUUCAAAUGUGAUGGUGUUAUGAGAUGUUUGGCUUGGGAAUAAGGAGACAAAUAAAAAUAAUUUGACUCCUCACCAUACUUUAUAAACUGUUUUAGGCCUAUGUCAGAUUACCCAAGGGGCUAAUAGAUUAUCUACUAUUGCAUUAUAUCUAUAACAGUGGAAAGCGAAAUGCCGGUGGACGACAAAAGAGGCUUAAAGACUCUCUCAAGGCAAAUCUAAAAAAAUGCAGUAUAAGCCCAGAUAAUUGGGAACAUUGACCUGCAAGCGCUCCAGUUGAAGAAUAUCUUCUACCAAAUGCGUCAUGGUCUUUGAAGAAGCAUGAACUCAGGACAAAAAUAAGAAACAUGCUAAGAGGAAGGCAUGUUUGGCCAAUCCUCACCAUGAUCAACUUCCACCUGGAAACCUAUGUCCCUACUUUUGAAGGACAUGUGGAUCCAGAAUUGGCCUCCACAGUCGCUUAUGGACACACUGUUAAGACCAUAUCCAUGGAAGACAAUCUUACUUGGCUAUGAGUGAUCGCCAAAGAAAGGAGAAAGAAGAUGUAGUUAGAAUAGCUUUUUGAUGUGGUAUCUGUCUAAGGUGACUCUUGGUGCUGAAUAAAUCGACUAGUGUUGUAAGCAGGUGACUAAAGUAAGUGAUAAAUAUGUAGGGUCAAUAAGGUGAUAAUAUCUUCAUUUCUUACACAUUGCUUCAGAUUCUAACACAAGAAAUCUAUAGCUUAAAAGGGGAACAUUAACAUUAAAUCUUGUGUCUGUGUACUAUGUCCUCUGCAUUGCUUUCCCCUCCUAUGUUUUUACCAGUUUAGGACAUCUGAACUAGGCUGCUUAAACAUGGAUUCUAGGAAAAUAAAGAAAAGGAAAUAUUUCUGAGCUAGAUUGAUAGCUCUUCAGAGUGACAGAGUGGAUAAAUGGUAGAUAAGAAAGCUCCUGUCUCUUCAUAAUGUGGACAGCAUGAUGCCUGAGGGCAUAGAGGGCCAGCGCUCCUAUUUGGUUCAAGUACAAUCCUGUCUCUGUAAGCAUCCUAAAAUGGUGCUUUACUAGGUUUAGGCUUAUUUGUUGUGUUAGCACCAUAGGAGAAAGGAGGCAGGGUAUGGUAAUAACUUCCAAGUCAGCUUUUGCUGGUGGGCAUGUGCAGGCAAUCCUUUAAAUCUGAAAAGCUGGCGCAUUCCCUAGUGGAAGUAGAUCCAAUAAAAGACUUGUAGACCUGGCUUGGAUGUCACAGUAAAUCAUGGUUUGUCAUGAUAGGAACAAACUGCAGUGAUUUUGGAGCUCAGACACCAUUCCCUUCUCUUAUCCUUUGCAAUGACUGUAAAAAGAGGAUUGGAAGCCUCAGGCUUUUUUUCUAAACUGCGGUUGUUUCAUCUGAAACCAAGAAACAGUAGUUAAUCUAAUUAUGGCUUGUUUCAGCAAACAACACUUAAGACCCACUGUUUAGAGUUUGGAUGUAACACUAAACUGUGGUUAAUCAAAAUAGAAGUCAAAGUUUCUUACCUCAUUUUUGCAGUCAUGUUUGGGGAGGAACGUGAAAGGGUUUUCUGGCUUGUUCUUAGCACGAGAAACUAUGGUUUAUUGCAGCAUCUACAAAAUGGCCUCACACUGGUGCUUAUACUGACUUUUGGCUCUGAGAAGAGCCAAAAAAAUUAUUAUUUGAAAUAAUCAAAUAUCAGUGCAGUUAAAAAACCACAAUAAAAGAGUUGAAGAAAAUACGGCAGAGCAAAAAUGUCUCAACCUCUUGUCUAAAGGACAGGAGAGAAGGAGCCUGUCUAAUUUGCUUUGGGAGAGAGUUCUACAUUUGGGGAGCUGCCACUGUAAAGGUUCUAAGUAAGCAAAUUACACUAGUGCUUCGCCAAUUACAGUUGCUCCUGAUCCAUUUCCAGGCACAAUUUGAAGGCUCGGGAUCAGGAUACCUAAAGGGUAUCCUGUCUCGAUAUGUGCCUGUCUCCAUAUGUGCCUACUUGGGACCUAAGAUCUUCAUUGGAGGCCCUCGAUGAGCGUUGUUGCUGGGUAAGCUGUGGUAGGUUACAAGGGAAAAGGUCUUUUCUGUGUCAAUACAGAAUGCUUAUGGAAUGCUCUUCCCAGAUGUUUACCUGGUGCCUACCACAGUCAUUUUGGCACUUUUUUCAUUUUCUCAUGCCUUUUGAUUUAUUUUAACUUCAAAUUUGAUUUUUGUAUUUAUUUGUGGUUUUAUGCUGUUUUUAAACCCCACACCCAGACUGUCUUGCUAUUGCCCGAUCUUCUGAGUUUCCCUGACAAUUUGCUGUUGGGUCUGAUAUAAAUAUCCAAGCAAAUAAAUAAAACAAUUAGAACUCAAUCUGAAUCCAUGGGCAUUUAGAUUUCAGACAUGAACUGGAAGUUAAUACCCGGUCCAAGACAUUCUUGCAAAACAUCAGCAUUUAAAGUGGGAAUUCUUCCUCAUACUUUCAGUGGACAUAUUUUUUUGCCAUUUUGGACCAGAGUAGGAGGUAAAGCGCAGAGACUGCAAACCGACCCUCUAGUCUCUUUUCCUGAUUGUAAAAAACAAGAUUCUUAGGUGAUGGCAAUCUCUGUGUGUUUUUGUUUAAAGUGGGUCACAUGCCCAGGAAUGCAGUCAAAUUAUAAUGGUGACAAAGUGCCGGAAAAGGGAGGGAGAUGGGGGGGGAGGGAGAGAGAGAGCCCCAGGCGAUGGAAAGAGAGCUGGGAAUACUAGAGUCUGGCUAGGCCUCAGGGCCAGGUUAGAGAUUCUCCCAUGCAUUAACAGCUAUAAGAGAUGUUUGUUUAAAGGGAUAUUUUUUUCUCCUUUGGGGUGCUUUGUCAUUUUUUAAACAAUACAGGUCAUCAAGAACGGAGAGGGAUGGUCAAGAAGAAUAGUUGCACUCCUUGGUGCACUUGCUCUUGUUUCUUCUGCUAUGUAUCUAAUCAAGCUUCAUGUUUAAUAGUUUCAAACAUUACAUUGAUGGAGAAAUUCUACAUGUGUUAUUUUUUAAAGUAAUUGUUAACUCAGUUAACAAAGUAAGGGAAAGGUAAAGGGACCCCUGACCAUUAGGUCCAGUCGUGACCAACUCUAGGGUUGUGGUGCUCAUCUCGCUUUAUUGGCCGAGGGAGAUGGUGUACAGCUUCCGGGUCAUGUGGCCAGCAUGACUAAGCCGCUUCUGGCGAACCAGAGCAGUGCACGGAAACGCCAUUUACCUUCCUGCCGGAGCGGUACCUAUUUAUCUACUUGCACUUUGACGUGCUUUCGAACUGCUAGGUUGGCAGGAGCAGGGACUGAGCAACGGGAGCUCACCCCAUCGCGGGGAUUCGAACCACCGACCUUCUGAUCGGCAAGUCCUAAGCUCUGCGGUUUAACCCACAGUGCCACCCGUGUCCAAUUUAGUUAACAAAGUAUCAAUAAGUAAAUAAAUAAAGCCAGAAUCCUAAACAUACAUCCUUGGGUGCAGGGAUGCCCACAUUGAAUAAAAUUUUUUUGGGGGGCAGGUAAACCCCACCCAACAUAAUCACAUGACACAGCACACACACACCAUUUGAAUAGCAGUGUCCAUAAACUUUGCGGGGUGUGGCCCCCUCAAAUAUUUUACAGGGGGGGGGGCAAAGGGACCUCAGCCCCUAGGAGUUGGCUCCUAUGCUUGGGAGUAAACCUCAUUGAACAAAGUGGGACUUACUACUUAGUAGACUUGUAUAGGAUUCCCCAGCGAAGCUUCUCUUUGUGAUAAAAGAAAUUAAAGUCAGUGUGAAGGUGAUAAUUGCUUAAAAUACAUAGGAAUACGUGGCAGGUUUGAACUUCCCAUGCUCCUAAAAAUUGAUGGAAAAACUUCACGGACCAACAAACUUAAUUGACUUUAUUAAAACAAUAUGGUUAAGUCAGUAUUAAAAAUACUUUUAUUGCCGGGGCAACUAUUCUGGUUUGAGUUGCAGGGAACUUCAAGUCCUUCAGUAGCCAGUGAUUAAUAUCCCUCUAGUAUCACUUGUUCUAGCACAGCUUAUUAGGAUAGGAAAAGAAACUGUUUAAAAGCAGCACCUUACUUCACCCAUUGUUUUAAAUCUCUUCUGUGCCUCAUGUUUUUUUAGUUCUAUCCACUGAUGCAUGAAAAGAGCUUUCUUCUUUGUUAGCCCCCACCGCUAAUGGGGAACUAGACAUCUUCUAUUCAGUCUCAUGUUUGAUGGAUGGAAUUGCUAGCAAAUCUCCAAUUGCAGACUUCUUUUUUUGUUGUUUGGGGGCAGAACAUGGUUCAUGUUUCUACUGCUGUCCUUAAGGGUUAGCUUACUGCUGUGAUUUUCUUAGAGACAGUGCUUGCUAUAGUCUUGCAUUUCCAGUGUAAGGGGAAAUGCCAUGGGGAGGCAGUUGGUAUCUAUUUGUCCUUUUGGAGGUUACCGUCCAGCACAGAGUUAGCUGCAAUUAAGCCCCACAGAUUUGGUGGGACUUACAGUGCAAUUAUAUGCAUGUCUGCUCAGAAGGAAACCCCAUUCAGUGGGUUUACUCUCAGGUAAUUGGGCAUAGGAAUGCACCUUUAUGUACCUGUAGCUGUGUGCUGGGUAGUGGUCCAUGUAAGCAAGCAAGAGUGGUUUCCUGUUGAGAGCAGAAGAGUAGAGUGCUCUCAGCCACUGCUGUUUGCUACUGGGUCUGUCUAUAAGUUAACCCACAUUUAUAUCAGAAUUGGCCUCAUUUAGUACCUAAUUUUACUAGUCCAGAAGACUUUAUGGAAUUUAAGGUAACCUCUAGUAUUGUGGUCUUUCCCCUUUAAAGGUCAACUUCAUGAUGGUGAAACAGAAGGGGUUUGGCUGAGUUACAUGGGAUGGGGAAAUUUACAACAGUAAUAAAGGAUCUUGUAAUAAAUCCUUAAGCUCCAGCUGCCUACAUAUGGACAGUGCUGCUGCAGGCAACAAUGGAGUUUUAUACUUACUUAUACUGUACCUUCAAAAUGUGCAUUAGUGCUUUUAUGGUAUAGCAGGAGUGGGGAAACCUCCAGUCCACAGGCCUUAUUUGGCCUGCCAGUCCCUGGAGACUGACCUAUCAGGACUUUUAGGGAAAACCAUGCCCACCUUUCUUGCACCUGACAUUUGAAACUUCAAGCUGCAGCUAAAAUGAAGAAAAAUCAAAAGCCCAUUAUAAAUGUGCCCCUGAUUCUUUCCUUGAAUCAAAAGGAAGAUUUAGUACUGGGUAAAGAGUAACAUAAGGGAAAAAGAAGUAUCUGCCACAGAGAUCUUACAAUACAAAUCUCAACACUGGUCGACAACAGAGGGAGGUAAGAAAGGGCAAGGAAAGGGUAAUGGAUGGAACGUGAACAAAUGCCGUUACACCUGCUUAGGCUACCCCACUGAAGUGGUCACUAGCUAACUAGCCUGAACUCACCUUUCUAGUUCCAUGAGAACAGAAAUCCUUUCCAAGUUUGUGUUAAUAAUAAACAGCCACAAUAGCUCUUGUCCUGUUACCUGCCGUGCAUUUGAACGGUUGGUGCCCGUGAGCCUGGUGCUGGAAUGCACAAAGCCAGGACAAAAGCAUUCCUGCAGUUUUGUUCCUCCCACUGUUGCACAUGCCUGCUUAAAGUAGCUUUCUUUCAUGCAGAGCUCUUAGAGGAUUCUCUUUAUUUGCUUUAUCAGUUCACCGGCUGCUAAAUUUAGACUCUAGCUCUUGGUAGUGUUAAAAUAAAACCUCCUUGGCCUCCCUGAGUGAUCAUGUUUGUGCCUAAUUUCAGAGAUGAAAUGGUUUGGUAGUACUACCUUGCUGGCUUAGCACCUGGACUAGUUGGUAACUUCCACCUUGCACAUUUCUUUUGGGCUCAUGCCCUUGUGUGCGAAGUUUCAUUGCAAGUCACAUACUUUGAAAUGGAAAAAAACUAUUUGCUAUGGCUCUGGAAUGUGGGGAGAAAACUCCUGGCUUGGUUUUCUUUUUGGAAUGAGCUUUUCAAAAUUUGGAAGUGUAGGGUAUGUGCCAGCGCUGCAAGUGGAAGUGUAACUGAACUACUGGCACACUAAAUAUAGUGCUGUAAUAAAGGAUUUUUUAAAAAUGGGAAUCAGUAUCUUGAUUUGUUUCGUGUUUCAGCAGAGCGUUUGGUACAUUACCUCAUGUGAAAUAAUUAAAAUGGAAAAUACAUUUUACAUUGCAGUCCUGUGUAAGUUGGUGCCAUAGCAAGUUCCAUUACAUUAAUGAAGUUUGCUGUCAAGUAAAAGUGCAUAGAGUUACAGCCUUAAUUGCUAAAAGGAAGUUGACAGUGACUUUAUUUGAAAGGUAAAUCUCUUGAGGAAUUGGAUGUAUGGAUAAUGCCAUUAUAUAGAUUAGUCACUAGGUGGCACUUAACAUGAUUGUAUCUCAGCGAUAUUCAGUAUUUCCUUUUGUUGUUCUGCUCUUGCUUAAGAGAGAAAAUAAAGCUUUUGUCAACCUUCCUGAGUAGCAUGUCCUCUAAGCCUUCUCUGACAGAGCAUAAUUUUUUGGAAGGUUGGUCUGGGUUGCUGUUUUGAGUCAUAUGUUCAUUUAGCAAUUUUAGUAAAAUUUUGCCCUCCUGUAAUUUCAAAUCUGUAAUUGUCUGCAUGAGGAAAGACGUAUAUUUUUUCAUUCCUGGAUGUUUUUCUUUUGCUGGGACAAUUAUUAUGCAGUUGUCUUCUUGAGAGCUGUAGCAAAACUAGUCUGUGGCUGUAUAGUUAUGACUUGGAUCUAUCAUGAUCUGGUUUAUAAUUCCUAACAUACUCAAAAUAUAAACUAGCAGGUCAUAAUUUUAAUGAUUUAAGGAGGCACAAAAACAUGAUGGAAAAAAGAGUGUUGAGAACUGAAAAUUGCUCAUGUUGAUGUAGUUCUACUUCUGGUAGCUUUCAGCAAUACUACAGUGGCAUUGGUUGGCAAAUGUUAUCUCCCUUCUUCCUUCAAGCACUGGGAUAGUGAUGGAGUCAUCUAGUUCCUUUCUGUUAUGUCAGUUAUCUGAUGGAGUCCUACCCAGCCCUGACUUUUCUCUUAAUUACUCUUUCUCUGCAGAGUGGCUGGUGUUCCAGUGAAGGAAAGGGUCAAGGUUUCUCAGAACUGGAGGCGUGGACGCUGCCGGAAAAUCCCACUCCUCAGAUGGAAGCGCAAGCAAGUGGUUCCUUCUCUUUUCUCCUGCCCCAUGAUUUUCAGCUAGAAUUCUCUCUGUCUUUUGGAGUUCAUCCUAUUUUUUGUCUCUGUUCAGCUCUUGCAUCUCUUUGGUUACACAGUGUUUGAGCCUCUUUAACUUUUGGCAUUCUGAGAUUGGGUAGCUGUUGAUGCUGCUUUCUCUGCAACCUGCUUUCAUUUGCCAGUACUAUAAUACCAAAACUCCCUGAAUGCUCUGUGUGUCAAGUCUUAUUCUCAAAUUAUCACUGAAAUCUCAGUGUCCAAGCUGCUUGAUACUAUGCGGGAAGAAUAUCUACAAGCAGAAAAUGGUGAAUCAGCUAACUUUAAACAGGAGUGUUUAAAGUUGCUGCUGAUAAAUUGCUUCUCUUUCCUCUCAGUUCCUCUUUUGAGACUGAGUGUUCUCCCCUUCCUCACUAUAUGCUACUUAAAUUAGAGUGUGUGGGGGGGAAUUAAGUAGCAUACGGGGUGGGCAAGGAAGACAAUAUCCAGUCUCUGAUUUUUUAAAAUGCUAAACAUCACCAAAGUUUCCAGCUCUCCAAAGAACUGCCUGCUUUUACAUGGAUCACUUAUUAACAUAAUAUUUUUUGAUAAUAAUUAUUUGAGGCUUGUUUGAUUCCAAGUCUUUGGAUUACAAUGUUAAUAAUGUUAUUAAUGUUGUGAGCCACCCUGUGAUCUUUGGGCAAAGGGCAGUAUAAAACACAAACAAACAAACAAUAUAUUUUUUGUCCUGCUUUUAGGGAAAACCCCUUUCCAAAGACAGUUAACAAAUAUAAUCAUAAAAAGGUAACACCAUAAAUCACAUAAAAGCAAAAGUAAAAGCUUUCGCUUCACACCAGCAGUAAAAUAGCACCAUCAGUUUAAAAUCACAGUUUAAGAUGGAGGGGUAGUACUUGGGUGGGUGUCACAUUUUCUUCUGUAUAUUUUCUUACAGCUUUACCAAACAGGAGCAUAGAUACCUCUCCACAGCAAGGCUAUAUAUUCUAUGGGCUUUGGUGGUUGGGUUAGAGUUAGUACAAAUAUAUCAUGGGAUUCUUUAAAAGCAUUUGGAAAGGCCUGAAGUUCCAUAAUAAUUAAGAGUUUAGGAUGUUUGUCAACUGUCAGCAUAAUUUCUAAUAUUUUAGUAUAUUUCCCCCUCCAGUUUAAUGCCCUGGAUGCAGCUAGAUGAUGACUACCUCUACCUAUCCCAGGCAGAAGACAUUCAAGUUUAUUGGCUCCAUCCCAAUGGUACCAGCUUGCAACACUGUUCCCAAGCAGUCUUCUCUGGCCACCAGGAGGACGUGUGCCGCUUUGUGCUUGCUAAUGGCCAUAUUGUCAGUGGAGGAGGGUAAGCUCUUUGUUAUAGGGAAAUAAGAAGGAGGGUGAUGGUAGUUGAGUGUCCAACAUUGGUUUAUAGGUGCACUUGAACAAGAACUGGAAGAACUGACUUUCAGAGCUCCUGCAUUAUGUGGCUGACUUUUAUUUAAAGGAUCCCUGUUUGGGGAUCACUGGGCAAAUCAGUCCCCAUGGCCAGGGUGGUGUACAUGCUGUGAUUCUGCAGAAGUGUGAAAUGUUAUAUGGGGCAACAAAAUUCAGUUUACUGAGAAUUUAAGCUUUCUUUUAUUUUACUCUUAAAGGGCAGGCUUCUGGCCCUUACAGCUGCAAGGAUAUGAUCAAAAACUGAAGGUUGACUGAAACAGAUUUCCAGUGGUUGCAGUUGGAGCUUCUGUAGCCUGCAUAGCCUUGGCUAUCAAAAAAUGUGGAAUAAUUUAUGCAAAAUAAGAGGGGGGUCAUGGAUUUGCCAAACCUUUUAGGACAUGUGAGCAAGUCCUUUGUUGUCUUCAGUGGCAAAUUAAGUAUAGAAUGUAUAUGCUGUAUUGGAUAAAUACUUCCUGAAUAUCUCUGUAUAUUAGUUUUUGAAAUAAAUGAAAAGAAAGGGCAAUUUUGAUGUUUGCAUUAGUUUCUAUCAUUGUUGUAGCUAGGGAUUUUCAAGACUUACUGGUCUCAGAGGUGAGAUCUCUCCUGUCUGCAUGUGCUGGGUUGAAUGUAUGUGUAGAUAAUGUGUUGUAUUUAGGAAAUGAAACUACUACUGUGUUGGUAUAUCUCCAGCUAGAGCAUGAAGAGCACUUCUACGUCAUGCUCUCUCAAAUCUGUCUUUUACAUCUUCAUUAGCAGGGAUAAUCUGAAGCGGAAUUCAGUUAAUUGACCCUCAGUGAAGGAGAGUAGAUUUGGAUAUGAGACGCUCUCAUGCCAUUUGCCAGAGUUAUCAAUGCCUUGUGGCAUUUGUUCCAAGGAGAUGCACCUUCUUCACUGUGGUUUUGUUUUUCAGAGAUGGCAAUAUUGUCCUUCAUAAGCUGAAUGGCUCCUUCAGCUUCAAGUUCUUAGGGCAUGAACAGGAAGUGAACUGUGUGGAUUGUCAAGGAGCUAUCGUUGUGAGUGGUUCACGGGACAGAACAGCAAAGGUGAGUGUCUAUGUCUUGCUUUAUACUUAGGAGUGUGUGUAUGAAAAGAAAAUCGGAAGAUGGAAUGGGGGAAUACUGUUCUCUUCCCUCUCUUUUGGAUUAACAGUUAAACAAACUUUUCAGCUUCAUUGCUGCCCGUUUCCAGGAUUUUCUUACAUCUAUACAAGUUUAUCUCAAAUGUUUCAGACAUGUAUCUCAUAGCCACCUGCCCAAAGUGGAGUAACUAACUACAUUUCUCUUGUGACACAGACAUUAUAUAGGCCUGCUGAGAUUUAUGACAGUCAAAAAUCAGAUUACAGAGUCCUGGUUCCGUUGCCCUUUAAGGCUUCUGUCUGUUAGUUCUUUUGCUGAAUUGAGUGGGAGUCAGGAUCCCUUGGAGAACAGAAUAUUUAUACAGCCAUUUCUUCCUUCCUUUAUAAGAUUCUAGGGCUGAAAGAGCAUACAUGCUUAGUUUAGAGCAUGCGUUGGGAACCUGUGGCCCUCCAAAUGAUGAAAAACUACAAUUCCCAUAAUCCUUGAAGGUGGAUUCCAACAACAUUUAGAGGGCCAUAUGGUUUCUGGCCCUUGUUGAGAGCCAAAGUUUUCACUGUCUGAGUCAUAUUUUUAUUUUCCUAGAGAGAAAUGGGGAGAUGCAAGAUUCUGUGUGUGUGUGUGUGUUUUAGCUAGAAAUUUAGUUGUGCUAACAGUGAUGUGGAGCAACAGCUUAUUUUUUCAUGAGCUUUUAUUUAUUGAGGUUUGCGGUGGCAAGCUGUCAGAGAGAACACAUGUAGAGGGAUUUAGUGUUUUUCUUCCCCUGACAUUACCCUUACGAUGGAAGAACAUUCUUUGGGGUAGUGACCAGGAUUAGUCCAGCUUCAGUGAACAGUCCUAGCUUUUCUGAUGCUACGCUUCCUACUCUUAGUUUAAGAUCUGGAUCUGGGUUAUCUCUAGAGCUGCUUUCAAUGAGCAUGCAACAAUUCCCACCCAAGCAGCCAGCAGACUGUGUCUUAACUGAUAGUUUCCUUAUGGGGCACUGACCAAAUGGUUCUGGCACUGGCCAAAUGGUUCUGACAAUUUGGAGAGUCAGAAGAAAUCCACUAAGAGGAUAGGCUGAACAGCAGCAGAAGAAUGUGAAGUGUUUCAAAAGUGUCAACCAGUGGCAAAAAUGCUCUAUUUGCUGUUUACGUUAUUUGUAUUAUGACUCAUUGCUUAUUGUCAGCUGUUUGCUUCCUUGGAGGUUUUUAAGCAGAGGUUGAAUGGCCAUCUGUGAUAUAUACUUAGUUGAGAUUCCUGCAUUGCAGGGGGUUGGAUUAGAUGACCCUCGGGAUCCCUUCCAACUCUAUGAUUCUUCUAUGAUUCUGUGAAUCUAUACUUCCUACCUAUGAGAACAAUAAAGUGCUGGAACUUCUACAGCUGGUAUCUUCAACCUUUUCAGACCCAGGACCUACUUUUAACCCAAACAUGCAUUUGGGAACACAUUUCUUAAUAUUUUACUGUAUGUUCAACAGUGCUCCUGUUGUGGCCUAUCAGGCUGAGAUCUGAAUGGAAAAGUAGCUCAGUUUCUGAAUUUCAAUCACACUGAAUUAAACUAUCCAUUAUGUGGGAUUCUUUGAUGCCCUGCCACUGGAAUCUUGUGACCUUGAGGGCAAGAUCCUCAAAGUCAAAGGGAAUUCUGCUUUAAUUGUGCUCAUUGUCUUUUUUUAAAAACCCCAGAAAUGGAAUCUGGCUCACCUAACACUCUUCCAGCCUGAUCCUUAUGAGCAGGGAAUUUGCUUUUAUUUUUACCAAGUGACAUUUUCCUUGUGUUGACUCCUAGCUAGAAGGGAAUCCCUAGUAGGUCUCUAAUGGGAACUGUAAGUGCAUUGGAGGGAUAGUGAGUGUUGAUUAGGGCUGAGCUUUGAGUAGCUGCUAAUGCACAUUCCUCAUUGAUAGGCACCAGAUAGCGUGCUCCCAGCAAUAUUUUUAACCUGUAUGAGAUAGGGGUGCAUUAAAAGAGCUCAACUUUUCUGCUGCUUUUGCUGACACUAGGUGCCAAAUUCCCCUCUGACACCGAAUAGCCUGCAAUCCUGAGCAUUAUCAACAAACAAACAAAUACAACACUCCCAGCUUUGAAUUCCCUUAAGACAUUGGGGGAUAGUUGGAGAGGGAAUCAGAAACCAAAAUCUCAGGAUCCAGAAAAUGGGAGAUGAAUUUGUUGGGGGUAGAGGAAAGAAAUGAUGGUAUUCAAAAGGAUGUCAGGAACACAAGCUUAAGCUUUAUUCAGUAUGUCAGUAACAGAUUUCUGAAAGCUCAUAAACAAGUCACUUUACCCUGGUAAUAAACAACAUGUAUUGUGGGAGAACAAGUAUUAUCAAAGUGUGAAUGUGCAUUAAGGGAUUUGAGCAUGUUUUAACAAUUAGUACAGAAGGGGGCACUGCACGGGAAAUUAGACUGCCCCAUUCUCCAUGUGCUUCUAUUGUUUUGCAAUAAACUUGGAGAGAAGGCUUUAAAGAUUUGCCCAGACAAGGAACCAUAAGAAUAAAGAUGAGAUAAAAUCUAAAUUUGUUCUGACAUGCAGACCUUCAACAUAAUUUGAGCAGAUGCAUUUCAGAUGAUUGUUCUCUGCUUUUAGCACCGGAACUGGGACUGAUUUGGACAGAAGCUGCUACUAAUCUCUUCUAUCAUUUCUUUGCUUAGAAAGCAUGCAGUCAAAAUAUUGCAGGGGUAAAGAAGUUGAUUUAAGUUUACUCUGCUAAUUUCAAAUUGUGCUCCCAAGAUUUCUUUGCGAGGGAUCAUUUCCAAACACAGCUGCUGUUAACACUUUUCUCUUGCACUUUUUUGUUGUGUGGUGUUCAUUUGCGCUUUCUCUCUCUCUAGGUUUGGUCCUUAUCACCAGGCAGAGCUGGGCAGUGUUUGCACACCAUACAGACUGAAGACCGGGUCUGGUCCAUUGCCAUUAGUCCAUUAUCAAGGUAACACGAUAUAAAAAUUGCAUUUGAAUGUAUGCACACUUCAUGUUAAAUCUGGUUUUUCUUUAGGUCUAAAGUUCCCUAUUAUACCAAGUAUUCAGGAGGUCUAGAACUCAGCAUUUAAGUAUCAUCAGUUCUGUGACUCAAAACUCUUUUUUGUGUAGAAACAGUAAAUUAGGUAGAUAAGCCUACUCUAUAUUUUUUGUGGAAUUCAGAGCAUUUCCUUCUAUUUCUCUUGCCUUUUGGGUUCUAGAAAAAAGAAGUUUGAACUUGCAGAAUACUCUGGUCUGUAUGGGUGAAGUCAAGGGGUGCACUGGCUUAGAUAUUGUACCAAAUACUUUCUGCAUAAGGAUCUUUAGUUUUCUCUUUUUUUCUCUUCACCCAAAGCUUACACUUGCACAAUACCCUUGCAAGUGUCACUUUGGCAAGAGCAAUAUUAUAUCCUCUAUGCCUAUGAAAGCAUAAAAAGUAAGUUGUACUUUUUUGUGGGAAGGGACGAGGGUUAGCUUUUCGGCUGUUGGCUGAUUUUUAAUCUUUUCCUUGCCUUUCUGCAUUAUGCAGUGGGGAUCUGUACACACUCAAAGCAACUUAAUUGCAACUGAUGGAAUGUGAUUGAGCAUGGGAGAAGUUCUGUCACUCACCACUGUGUCACAAGCUGUAUCCAAUUGUUGCCACUUGUACAACCACAUUCCAUAUCGCAAUUACAAUCUGCAAAGUACUGUACAGUAUUGCUUUUUCUUAAGUACAACAUACAGUGUUUUGCUCAGAAGAUUCAAGAGAGAGAAGGCUUAGAGUGGUUACAGGCUAGCUGUAGCAAGUUGGUCAUUAUCUAGUAACAUGGCCUUUGCCAUGAAACAUACUAUAGAUAUGAUCAUACUAUCCCACCCUCCACCCCCUGUGUGAUAUGUUAAUACAUAGAAUUGCUCAUGGCAAAUCACCAGUCCAAGGAACUGAAGAAACAGAAAACUGCAGCAAGUUCAAUCAGUUCAUUCUGCAUACUAAUUCCAAAACUAAUUAAUAGAAAAUCCCUGUACAGUUGGAAGAUAGGUGCGAUUUACAAUUAGCUACAACCAAUCCAUGGAAGGAUUGGAAUGAGAAAAAUCUGCUCUUCCUUUAAGUGCAGCAUACUCAAGUGCUGUUGGAAGAUAGAGAACCAUAUUUUAAAUUGAGACUGUGUUUAUGGCACUUGACCUCAGAGUUCCUGAGAAUACUGUAAAAAUAAGCAAAUUUCAUUUUGAUACAUUCUACAUAUGUAUUUCCUAUAUGAAACUUAUUCACUGCUCGUCCCCUGGCAACGAAAAAAGCAAAAUGCAAAGCAGAUUCUGUUGUGCAUGCUCUAUUGCCAAAGCCCAUAGUUUGGUUCUAUUUCUGACAGCCUCUUCUGUUGAUGCUGCAGAAUGAAAAAGGUAUCUGUACAUAAGAACUUGCAGAUUCCCCGAAGCUGCUCUGUACCAUUGGGGCACGAGAGAACCACUCAUUUUCUGUGGGAAUGUUGAUAAGAGUCAUUAAAACACAUGGGAGUAUCUUCUGGCUACUGUUCUUGUCACAGCUGGGCAUCUGUGAACAAAAUCUGAUGUGUUGGGGAAAGAUACACAGAGGAAAUUAAACUGUUCCAAUGAGUUAUUUUGUAAUCAUAUUGCUACUCUGCUAAUGUUAAGAACUGAAUGUUGGCCAUAAGUUACAAUUGUAUACAAAAGUCACAAAACUGAGCUACACAAGGCUUGAGCAGUGCCUUGUAUCUUGAAGAUUUGGAAGGGUUUUGUACCCUGACUCAACUUUUAUUUUGAGGUAUUUAACCUCAAAAGCAGCUUGCAGCAAGGUAGUUAUUCUUUGAGGAAGCUCAUUUUCUGUUCUGAAUUACAAUGAGCUUUUCUGUGGCAAACUUGUCUUACAUUUGAAGCAGAGCCUAGUUUUUUCAUAAGGUUUUGGAAACUUGCAUUAGGCUGUUGAGAAUCAAAGCAUCCAAUUAUGCUAAGUUGAACAUUGCCCUGUUGUGAUGACUGGUUCUCCCUCUCUUGUGUAUAUCAUCGUAGUCAUCAAUAUUCAGUUUCAGUAUAUUAAAAGCAGUGAAAUCAAAUUACAGUCACAGGAAUAGAUGGGUAUUGAGAACUAUGGAUGAAUGGUGGAAUAACAACAACAACAACAACAACAACAACAACAACAACAACAACAAAUCUCUAGUGUCAAAGGCUAGGGUAAAGAAAGGAAUCCUUUAUGGGGAAGGCCUUCUCCUGGGGCACCACCCCUCAAACCUCUGAGGGUGGUGGAAUUACCAAGAGGGCCCCUUCUGUUAAUACCUAUGAGGGUUUGUGGGGAAGGAGGUGGUAUUUAAGAUAUUUGAAACCUAAGUCAUUUAGGGCUUUGAACUAAUGUGAGCACCUUGAAUUAGGGCUCUUGUAUGCAUUCUAAGGGAACCUCAGCAGUCUGGCUGCUGCAUUUUGAACCAGCUGAAGUUUCCAAGUCGUCUUCAAAAGUCGCCCCACGUAGAGCACAUCACAAUAAUCCUGUUUGGAAGUUACCAAGGCAUGGAGUACCUUGACCUUGUUGUCCUUUACUGGUUCACAUCAAUUGCUUGAAUUUCGUGUUCAUUCCCUCAGUUCAGGAAGGCUGGAGCUGUUGCUUUAGUGAUGAAGCUGUUCAGAUUAGGAGCUGGGUGCUCAUUCCUUUCCUGGCUCUCAGCCAGGCCCUGAUUCAGGCAGGUGCUUCCACCUUUUCCCUCUUUUCCUAAGUAACCUCACAUGCAGCUAUCUGGUAACGCUGGUGUGCUCCCAAAUCUCUUGUGUUGCUCACCAUCUCCUCUUCUCAUAUGGCCCUGGGUGAAAUUUGGGUGUUGCUUGACGGCUGGCUUGGAGCCCAGAUGUGUGGGGACCUCCAGACUUGGAGCAGGCAUGUCUAUAUGCAACAGCUCUUCUGGGUUACUGGGUUACUGAGAUCUGCUUAGGAGACACACUCUCCUCCCACCCCAAUUUCAUUUUCAUUUUCAUUUCACACUGUAUUUUACAACAUUACAAAUAAAGAAAUAUACAAUUUUUAUUGACUCCCUUUCCAGUACAUAUUCUAAUUUCUCCCUCUAUCUUAUUUUCAUUUUCAUAGCUCAAUAAUUUUUUUCACUGCUGAAUUUCUUCUGUUAUUGUUAACCUCUUAAUAUGUUUAUAAUAUGUCUCUAAAUAUGCCAUACAACAUUUCCAAUCUUCCUCAAAUAGUUUUUUUUAUCUUAAUCUUAUUCUGUUUGUCAGUCUUGCCAUUUCUAUAUAUUCUAUUAACUUUUUUCUGCCAUUCUUCCUUCAUUGGAAUUGUAUCUUCCCUCCUUCUCUGAGCAUAAGGAGACAUGCUCUUCCUCCAAGGAGGCCUCAGAGGGCCAAACCCUGGCAAUUAGUGAGCACAUGCUUGCCUUUUUAAGCACCAAACUGUUGAGUGGAGACCAUUUGGAAUGCCCUUUAAAUUAGUGAACAUAAGAACUAUCAUAGUGGUGUACUGUUGCCAGCACGAACCAGUGGACAUGUCUGUUUUUUUAAAAUGCAUGUGCAUCAGAUAGACCAGCACUAAGAGCCUUCAGCCUGCCUCUUCAGAGCUCAUCCCCUUAAGCUUUACGCAGUAUGCACUGGAUGUGCUCCUGUGACUGGGAGAGCCCUUGCAGAACACUGUUUUAUCCUCCUAAGUGAUGACCCGCAGGGCUGGCCUCUUGUCAGAACACUGACUUCUCUCCCUGGAGUGAACACACACUCUCUGUCACAAUAUUUACCUAGCUUCAUUUCCCCCCCACUGAGUGAUAAAUGGAAGCUUGCAGAGUGGCUUCUCCAUCAGCAAUCAGGUUUGGAUCACUCGGCUUGUUUUAUGAGACUGCUGAUCCCACUGCACCUCUCUUCCCUCCCCACCCCUCAAGUAUUAGAACCGAUUAGCCACGUCAUUAAUUCUUCAAUUUGACGGCUGAUAUAGCAAGGCCUGAAACACGGGCUGACCCUAUAUAAUAGAACCUCUGCUCCUUAACAUAUUAAUGAUGGGAGAAGUUAAUUAAAAUUCCACAGAGCGAAGGUGUCGGCUAACCUAUAAACCUGUCGCUUCCAAGAAAAUGUUGCCGCUAUCCUAGAAGAAAGUGAGUUUGGAGGCAAGAGUGAGUACUCUUAGUGUAGUGUGAGAGUCCCCCCACAAGCUAAACUGAAUGUUUCAUCUCUUUGGGAAGAGUUAACUUUCGGGUGAUUCAGUAUCCUUGCCUGACUUUAGGAUCUUUUUCUCCUUUGAUCUACAUGUAUAUAUAUUUAGGAUGCUGAAACAUUGCCUUUCUGAUAGAUCAGAACACUAUUAUUAAUAAUUGUUAGCAAACAAAAUAUUUUUGCUUUAGUCCAAAAUACAUUGUAGGUUUGAUUCAUUUGGCUUUUAUCUUACAAUCAACAAAACUUAUAGAUCAUGUGCUAAUAUUGAGCAUUCUAUCUCUGCUCAAUUAGGAUACUUAGUACUGAUAUGCAGCCACUUCUGUAUAGGGGUUGAAAGCAGAAACAUAUUCUUGGAGGUGCUUUGGGUCAUCCUGGCUGCACUUGUCUCAGGGUUUCCUCCCCAACAUUUGUGAUACAGAUGACUAGGAUACCAGCAUGUGCUCAAUAUCCAGACACUGUGUAUGGCAAAGUUGAAUGCACAUUUGACUUUCCUCAAGUCCUGUGGACACACUUUCUUGUUUCCACCUGCUGUCUGCAGUCUGAUCCAGUUGAUGAUGGGGUGCGUUCCUCAGUACUUUGAGCUAAUCUGUUUGGCAGUUUUUCAUUGCAACAGAGUUUGCCAUAUUCAUUGAGUAGUGCUGGAUCUUCUUCUCUUGUUAUGCCAAUCUCUUGUAGCACUAUGAUCCUAGGCUACUGCUAACUCCAUAAUGGCAAUAUGUUCAUCUGCUUCCUCUGCUACUGCAGUGAGGAAACUGAAGUGAUGUGUGUUAUCUGAAUGGAGGUUUAACUUGUUAUUGAUGUUGGCAAAUGCACUGUUAAGAGCCCAGCUAGAUUUGCAAAGCUGUGGUUCAGUUUGCAGAACUGAGUGCUUCCCCAAAUGGACCAUAAUCUAAAGCUUACUAUUAAGGUGGAACUGCAGGGCUGUUCCCUACAGAUGAUUGUUUAGCUAUUCCCCCCUCCCCCCCUAAAUACUGCAGUAAUUUUUCCAGCUAAACUUUAUUCUCCUUUCCAUAUGAUGGGAGCAAUAUUGUUAUAUAUUUCUGUUUUUAUCCUGUUAACCUAUUUGCUUAAAUCAAUAGCUUUAGAUUUGUUGAAUGGUGGAAUCUUGUAGAAUAUUAAAGAUUGUGAUAGUGAUGCCACAUUUUCUCAUACCCUUCAGAAAAUAUACUCUUUCAUCAUAGCAAAUGACGGUGCUCACAGGUUAGAGGGAAAAUAUUUAAAAUGAAUUUCUUCUCUCUGCUGAGCUUGUCAGAGCAUUGUAAUGAGGAGGCAACUAUUCUGAGAGACUUCAUUCUAUUAGGAAGUUGGCAGUUCUCCUUUAAUGUAGUUCCAUAGGUUUAUGUGGUACAGCUGCUGCUGUGAUUUUAAUUUCCGAUUUCCAGGUGCAGAGGGUUUUCCUGUGAGGCUAGGGGAGAAACCCAUCUCUUCUACCAUUUUGCAAAGUGAAGGAGAAAAUGCCCGUGUUAGUUUCUCCUGUCACAUUGAUUACAGUUCAGGGGUCCCACAUAAGACUGCAGGUUUCCAUUUCCAGUCAGUGAUCUUUCUCCUCCAUUUUUCAAACUUCCAAGGGGAGGGAUGGAGAAGGUAAUUUUCCUGGGCCAUGGCCACUGUUUACUUUUGCUUGGCUGUGCAGUGUGCCUUUGUUUUUCCACCUUUGAUCAGUGUCCUGCCAGCAGAUAAUUUAGCAAUUGCAUCCCAGGGUGGAAGUGUGGAGUUAAUGUUAAAAUUAGUUUUUUUUUUAACUUCACUGCCUGAUGAAGCAGGGAUAGCAAGAGGGGAGGCAACGGGGGCCAUAAAUUCUACUGGUGGUGUAUCUGCUUCUUGCAAAAAAGAGAGGAAAAAACCCUCAAAAACAUAACUCUCUGAUGUCUCCACAGCACUUUCAUUAACAUUUAAAUUAAGGGUUUGUUUUUCAGCAACUAGGCCUUUCAUGGCCUGACUCGUGCAAGGCUGCCUCACUAGUCAGCUACAGUAGUAAUCAUUGCUUUAUUUUUUUUCAUCUUUCUCUGGGGAGGGCAGCGACCUGCCAAAUGUUCAAAGAGAAUCUGCAACAGACCUGCACAGGUACCCAGGCAGCAGGAUGCUAGCCUUUCUCCUUCAAUUAGAGAGUUAGUUGUUGUCCAUGUUUCUUGUCUUUUUUCCUCUUCCCUUCAAAGGCUUGUUUGGGGCCCAUUUGGUAUGUGAUUGCCUCAGGUGUAACCAGCACUGGACACCCUUUAAACAAGAACUCAUGAGGAUGAAGGGUGUAUAUGGAAAGUGGGAAAGAAGUUUUGAGUGCUCUUUCUCAGCACUGCUGGCAGCUUCAAAAUAUGUUAAAACUGGUGUGGGUGAGCUCUUGAGAGGAUAAGUUUGUUGGGAGUGUAUAUCAGAGUGAGCUAAAGAAAACAGGGGCAGGAAAUUGAGCUUUGAUGUAUAUAAGCUGCACAGGCAUUUUGGUGCUGCAAUUUAUUUCCAAUACAGGACAGCAAAUUAGGGCAUGCUUAGCAAACUAUGUGGAAAGUGUUUUAAAGGCUCAAGUAUAUACAUCAGCAUUGUUCUAGAAGGAAUGUUGCAUGUUGCAGUAAAUAGUGUCUGAAACAUGCAAUGCUAAUCUCAUAUCAUGUGUGGAAUCAUGUGUUGGCCUAGGGCAAAUAACUAUCUGGAUUUUACACUUGUAGACUGAGAAUUUAUUCCUUAUAGACUGAGAGCCCAAAAUAUUUUACUACAUUAGAGAUAUUACAUAACUGUUUUUUCCUAAAGACUGAGAACAAAGCACUCUUCUAUCAAAAUACCCUAAUUUUAUGUGUCCUUUGAGCCCCUAAGAACCACGUCACAUUAUGGUAGAAGCCACAACAUGCCAGAAGAUGAUACUGGGGAGGCAGUUAUUUAUUUUGUUUGUUCUUCUGCUGCCUAUUCAAGCAGAAAUAAUCUGGAAAUAUACAGGAAAGGGUGCAUGCUAAACUUGAAGAGAUCUGACAUUAGUCAUGAUAUUAAGCACCUGCCAUGCAGCCAUAUUUCUCUUGGGCCUUUGUGGCCAUGCGGUGCCAAUUGCCUUCUAAAGCAGUUUCAUUUAGUGAGCAGUGACAUGUGGCCAAACUGUUUUGGUAGCCCACGUGUUGCAUCAGUUCCAGGAAACCUGAUCAGAACUUCAGGCAUUUACAGUAACAAGGAGGUGAAAGCUGCCAGCCAGUGUCUCUGCAGGUGCUAGCUGGAUCGAGUUGCAGGGCUGCCAUUAAAACUAUCCUGUCUGGUGAUUAAUGUAGGACACAGGACAUACACAUUCUUAUUCUGGCUCCGUGAAGACCUGUUCUGAAAGCUAAAUUGGUCUCUGAAUUGCAAGGUUUCCCUGCCCUUUUAUAUUGUCAACUGUUUGUCUGCCUUGAGUGAGUCUUGUUGAACAGCUUUAUCUUCCGUGCCCUGUUGCAGUUGUAUAAUCUUUCUGUAUCACCUUCAGCAAUGGCAAACUGACUUUGUGCCAUGGAAACAGCUUGUUUAUAUGGCAUAUUUUUCAUGUAGUAACUUUAUCUUUGUUCUCCAGCUUUCAACAAUUAUGAAGGAAUAUGGUUACAUAACACAUUUUCAUAAGCAAGAGCUGCUUGUGUGAAAUGGGACAAACAGUUUUGUAGGUAUUUGGAGACAAAGCUUUUAGAUUGAGAUUCUCUCUUUUAAGAGACACGUAGGAUCUGAGGUGUUGCUUUCUGAGAUUGGGACCUGAGUGUCUUGUAUGACCCUGGUGGUAAGGAAAUACCUGGCUACUUUAAAUGAAUUCAGAUCUCCAGGACCUGAUGAGCUUUGAUACCAAAGGAACUUGCAGAUUUAAUCUUAGAGCUUAUGUUUAUGAUCUUUGAGAAUUCUUAGAGAACAGAUGAGGUUUCUGCAGACUGGAGGUGGGCAAAUGUUCGUCUUCAAAAAUGGAGAAAAGGAAGACCCAGGAAACUACCAGACAGUCAGCUUGGAUGUUAAUACCAGGCAGUCAGAUAAAUCUCAUUUCUUUUUUUGAUAGAGUUACAAGCUUGGUGGAUCAGGGGAAUGCUGUGGACUUAGUGCAUCUUGAUUUCAGUAAGGCUUUUGACAAGUCCCUAAGAUAUUCUUGCAUAUAAGCUGGUAAAAUAUGGGCUAGACCAGGUACCUGUUAGGUGGAUUUGUAGCUGGUUGACUGACUGAACCCAAAGAGUGUUCACCAACAGUUCCCCAUGAUCCUGGGGAAAAAAUGACAAGUAGGGUGCCACAGAGUUUUGUCCUGGGCCUGUUGCUGUUUGACACCUUUAUAAAUGACUUGCAUGAAGGAAUUGAGGGGAUGCUCAUCAGAUUUGCAGAUGACACCAUAGGUGGAUUUAGGGUAGUGCAACCAGUUCUGCUGCACUGGGUGCUUAGCCUAGCGAGUGCCACAGGGUAUCACAGCUAUGCAGAACAGAAGGUGAGGGGGCGUGGGCACCAAAUUUUGGACUCAUAUAGGACACUGCUGAAAUUUGAAAGACCAAAGUCUGCCCCUGGUGACAUCAAACUGGGAAUAGUAGCUAAUACUGCAGCAGGCAGAAUUGGGUUUCCACAUGAUCUUAACAGAUUGGAGAACUGGGCCAAAACUAAUAAACUAAUAAAACACAUAUCAACAGGGGGAAAUGUAAGGUUCUACACUUAGGCAGGAAGAAAGAGCUGCACAAAUAUAAGAUGGGGACACUUGGCUUGCCUAUAGUACAUCUGAAAAUGAUAUAGGGGUCUUAGGCUGCAUCAACAGAAGUAUAAUGUCCUGAUCAAGGGAAGUAAUGGUUCUGCUCUAUUUUGCCUUCGUCAGAUCACGGGUGGAGUACUGUGUCCAGUUUUGGGAACCACAGUUUAAGAAAAUUAUUGACAAGCUGGAAUGUGUACAGAGGCCAGGCAGCUAUCAACCACUAUUUUGAAUUCCCACAGUGUCCUGGAGCUCCCAAAACUGCAGUUUCCCAGGGUAUUUAGAGAAAUUUUGGGUGGUGACUUCCCAGCUGACUGCUGCUGCCACCAGGUAAACCUGCAGUCAGGUGUGACCCACCUACAUAGGAAGGGGGCCACCAGGUGGCACCAGCUGGCCUUGACCCUGGGAAAAACAGUAUCAGGGUACAGUCUUUUCCCUCUGUAUUUGUGGCAUAGUUCCACCUUCCCCUGUGGCUUAUAAAGGUCUAAUGACUCUUUGAUUAAAUGUAGGUCAAAAUUUUCUACAUUGUGACCUUAAUAAGUGGGGAUGAUUGGCAGACAGCCUUGGCAGAAAGGGCGGCCCGUCCCUUUCAUCUCCUCUAGUGUCGCUUGGAGACAAUGGGCUCAGCAUAUUUUCCUUGUUGUUCCUCCUUUGAAAAGGGCCUGGUAUCUCUACUAGGUACCUGUGUCAUGGGGGUCUUGAUUGGGGUCUCAUAAAGGGCCUUGCCAGUGUGUCCAAAGGCCAAGAAGACAAAAGCGAUCAGUGGGUGGGGGUCUCAGCUGACCGCCAAGAAGGGAGGGGAGGUUCUUGGAGGCAGUGAAGGGAGAAGCAGCCCCUGUUGGGAGCUCUUCUAGAGGGGAGGGGGAGAGGAGUGGCCCAUUUUUGUCCCAAACUCAUCAAGCACAUCUGCAGAAUUGUCCCAGCUGCUGCCUUCCAGUUUCAAAAGAAAAUGAUCGUUUGAUAAACCGGCCUGAUUUACCGCUUUCUCACAAGGGAGGGAGGCCCACCUUUGACCUCUAUGAUUUCACAUCAGACCCGGCUUUUCUUUCCCCUUCCAGUUCUUGGAGAAACUUUGAAAUGCAUCCCUUGCUUUCUCUCUCUUUCUCUCCCUCUCCCUCUCCCCCUUUACUCUUCUCUGCCCUUCGCUUUGUUGGGGGGGGGGGCAGCGGCGGGAGGAGAACAGGCGUGCGGCUUUGGACUUUAGGAAAGUAAUUAGGAAAAUCUUCCUGCAGCACAAUAAACACUCAGCACCCAUCCUGUAUAUUCCCACCAUUUACAUGCUUGUGGGCAUCCGAGAGAACAGGUGGCAUUCUUACUGCAGUGUAUCUUUUGCCGGCACCCUCUGUGCCUCUGUGCCUGCUAACUAUAGGAAUGUGCAUGAAUAUAUUAAAAUAUUUUCACACAAUGCAUGUAUUUUCCAGUGGGAAAAGACAUCUCUUGGAUGAAAGGCAGUGGGCCCCACUGGAGCGCUUGUUCCCACUCGGGUGCUUGUUCACAUGGACUAGAUAGAAAAGUGUGUUUGGGAGACAGGGGAAUAGAUUUCCUCUGGGAAGAGCAAAGUUUUGUGUUCCCUACCCAUUCCUCAUGUUUUUGGGGGUGUAGUACAUGGGAUUUGAGCAACCGAUCAUUAUUUUGACUACCUUCUUUUUUGAGGGGGCAGGCAGAAACAGCUGCAGUUCAAAAUAGUCCUACAAUUCAUGCUUUUUUGGGUAGAACAGGCAAGUGCAGAGAUAAAUCAGGAUAUAUUGGGGUUGAGCUCUUAAUGCUUGUUUAUGCUCUUGGAGCAGUACACGUAAUAGCAGAGGAAGUAUUCUAAGAGCUUUCCAGUCUUUCUGUAACUGGUCACGGAGGAACUUGUGACUGUGCAUGACAUAUAAGAAACAUAUAACUACAUGCCCAUUGCAUGUAUAUCUCAGUCUACUCUUUACCAGGCUAAACAUGCCUCAACCAUUCUUUAUUUCAGACCCCUGAUCAUGUUGGUUGCUCUCCUCAGCAUACAUUCCAGCUUGUCGGUAUCCUUCUUAAACUGUGGUGCCCAGAACUGGAUACAGUACUCCAGGUGUGGUCUGGCCAAGGCAGAAUAGAGUGGGAUUAUUACUUCCCUUGAUCGGGACACUAUAUUUCUAUUGAUGCAGCCUAGAAUAGCAUUCACCCUUUUUUUGCUGCUGCAUCACAUGGUUGACUCAUGUUAAGCUUGUGGUCUACUAAGACCCCUAGAUCCUUUUCGUAGGUACUGAUGUCAAACCAAGUGUCCUCCAUCUUAUACUUGUGCAUCCGGUUUUUCCUGCCUAAGUGUACAACCUGACAUUUGUCCCUAAUUAAAUUCAUUUUGUUAGUUUGGGCCCAGUUCUCCAACCUGUUAAGGUCAUCUGGAAUCCUGAUUCUAUCUUCUGCAGCAUUGGCUACCCCUCUCAGUUUUGUGUCAUCUGCAAAUUUGAUGAGCAUCCUCUCAAUACCUUCAUCCAAGUCGUUUGUAAAGAUGUUGAACAACAAGACCCAGGACAGAACCUCGUGACACCCAACUCGUCAUUCCCCCCCAGGAUGGCGAGGAACUGUUAGUGAGCACUCUGGGUUCGGUCAAUCAACUGGCUACAAAUCCACUUAACAGUAACCUCAUCCAGUCUUGUGUAAAGGAACCCCUUAGAGACUUUUGAAAUGAGAAAACCUGACUUUUGCCUGAAAGUAAGCCCUAUAAAUGUUGGGAAACUUGUUUUCACAAAUAGGAAUUGGUCCACUGAAAGGUGGUACCUUCUCUGCUUGAUUUGUAGAGGGAUAAUAACUUUAUAAGGCCAACCAAAAUGUCACAAAAUAGUGACAAUUGUGAGCAAGCUUUCAAGUUCUCCAGAAUACAUUAGACAUUAUGCAAUAGAGGAGAGGUGGGACAGAGCGAAAAAAUUAGAAAACUGGCUUGGUGUUAAAGCCAUAACUUCUGCAUUUAGUCACAGACUUAGAGUGUGUGAAGUAGUACCAUAUUUAAUAUAUUAAAUACCAUAUUUAAUAUAUUAAAUACCAUAUUUAAUAUAUUAAAUACCAUAUUUAAUAUAUUAAAUACCAUAUUUAAUAUAUAAGACUCUCCUAGGUGCUCUAUUGGUUUCAGAUUAUACUGAAACUUUCCCAUUUCUGAAUAUUAUAAAUCUGCCUUGGAUAAUCCAUGAGCUUCCAAUAUAGCAAUGUUUAUUUAGAUAAUAAAAAUAAGGACUAUUAUUCAGCAGAUUUUCCUGCCUCCUCUCUUCUCUGUCCCCUCCAUCAGGCAGGAGAAAAAUAGCUUUGGUUUUUGUUCAGGACAGAGGUUAGAAAGGUUGCAGGGGCCACGUAGCCCUCUCAUAGGGGUGUCUUGUCAGGGCGCAGCAUGAAGGGCACAAACAGAUCAUAACCUUUAAAUGAAAAUGCAAUGGAGGGGAGAGAUGAAAGCAUUGAAACAAAUUAGAUACAUCUAUAGGGGGUGCUCAACUGGAGAAAAUUAGCAUUUCUUCCUAAUUGGAGUGUAGGGCAUUCCAUUACAGGGAUUCAUUACCAGGGGGAGAGGGUGCUGGGCCUCUUCACAAAAUGCCUUUAAACAGGAAAAGCCCUCUUCCUGGGAUAUAUAUUUACAAAUAUUUUUAAAUGGGUAGAGAACUUGAAGAGGUAUUAUUAGUCCUGUGUUCAUAGAUGUAUAUGGGGCCUAGUGGUUUGAACCUUCUACAAGCAUAGAAUGAGGUUAUUUGUGUAUUUCUUAAUUUUACCGCCCCAUCCUGUAUGUGUGUGUUGGUGGCGGUGGUGGCGGGAGAGGGGGGCAUCCACACUAAAGAACAUUUGUGUGGUAGGCAUUUUAAACCUUUAGAUUCAGGAUGGUUUUUUCUGUGCAGGUGCACUGUUUGAUCAGGGAAAUUCCUAUGGGCUGUACGUGCUGGAAGGUAGACUGCAUCAGCAAUGCAAAAAGGGGAACAUGAAAACAUCUAGCAGCUUUGUUCUUGCAUGUUCUGGCAUCCUCCUGAAAGUUGUAUAGUAUAGCAAAAGCUUCUGGAAGAUGCUAUAAUUUUUGGCUUCCAUUUCUCUGUCAUUCUACUUGCUUUUAUUCCCUUUUACCAAUUGUCCUGCUGCUGAAGCUUACAGAAACUGUUUAUAUAGAUGUCUAACCUGCAAUAUAGGUGAGCUUCAGCUAGUUUAAAGACAGAUGUUAGGUUCUGGAAAAUCUUAUGCACUCCUUGAACCAUAACCUCAGUAAAAAAAAAAAAAAAAAGUAAACACGCUGUCUUCUGUAUCACAUUAGUUUAACAAGAGUACUUGGUGCUAACUUAGUUGAGAGCUGGUGCAGCAUAGUGGCUAAGUGCCUAAGUUCUAGGCAGGAAGUCCUUGGUUCAAAUCUUACCACAAGCUGCUAGGUAGCCUUAGCCAAGCCACAAUUCUCACUGGUUGUAUAGGGCUAAUAAUAUUGCCCCACUAUAGAGGACAGUUGUUUCAGCAUAACAGAGGGGAUACAUGUGAAGUGCUCCAAAAACAAACAAAAAAUGCCAUAUAUAAAUGUGCUGUCCAUUUGAAAAAAAAAAAAAAAAGCUUAUGGAUGCUGGGAUUGUAGUUCAAUUCAUAAAGUUCUUGUGCUGAAAAGCUUUGGCAGAGACUGGAGAAAUAUAGCAAAUUGAAUGUGCAGACCGUGUUACAGAAAAGUUUUUAGAUCAUUGUAGGGUUCUUUCUAGUACAAGGUACAGUUUGGAUACAGGAAGCAGCUUAAAAUGAGGCAUAGUGUUGAUUGUCCUCUGUGCUUUUUUAUGUGGUACCUUUACAUUAUUUUUUUUAGGGAUUGGGUGUUACGUAGAAAUGCUGGUGGUUAGCUUGGUAUUCAUGCAAAAUAUGCCGUAGCUUUUUUUGGAGGGGGGCUAAUUUGUAAACAUUGCCCCCUUCCCCACCCCAUAAGAUGGCAGUGCCUGUAUUUGUCCGAUUUUCCACCUGUUGAGGGAAAGUUAAAUGAGGACUGUUCCAUGGUUGGUGGACACAGACAACUAAUUGGAGGGAGAGAGCCCAUUUCCUUUAAGGAGUGCAGGCUGCACAGAGGUGACGGAUAGACUGGAGAUUUAUUAGCACAUGGUUGGGAGCUUAAAAAUCGGCACCAGCAGCUUGUUCCCUUCAGAAAAGAAGGUAGGAACAAGCACCCGUUGCCCCUCCCCUACUCCAGAAAGAGGAGUGAAAAAAAUAAAGGGGGAUAAUUGGAAGGAGCAGUUUGUUUGAACAUAACCACAAGGCUGCCUUUAAUUCUUGGUCUCUUGCAUUUUGAGACUGAUUCUGAAAUUUCAAAGCGAAGGGCAGCUAUUUGUUGUCACACCUGUUGCUUCCACUGCAGUUUCCCUAAAUACAGUCAGUUAGUAGCAGAGGAAAAAGAAAGCAUUUCCCUCCAGUCUUCUGCUGUCAUUUGUUUGUGUUUUCUCUACAUUGAUGUACUAGAUUUCCUAAAUCAGGAUUUUGCAGGAAGCAUAUAUCAACACGCAACAUUCACAAUUGUACAUAACAGUAAAUCAGGCUUUCUGUCUUACUUGUGUUUCACAAGGAAUAAGCAGCUUGCUGGUGACACCACUCAGUUGCUCCCAGUCCACACUUUUCUUGGUGUGAAUUGGGAAAUCCAGGUUUCCCGUUACACCCCUGUGAGGGACUGCAGUUUGUUUCACCCUAACAAGCCACAAUCACUAGUCAACCUUAAGGCAUGGUUUGUUGUUAGCUUGCUGAUCAUGACUUGUUUUUUUUUUUUUAAAUAAUAUUUAUUACUUUUAUAGAUUACAAAAAGAGAGAAAAAAACCCAGAAAAAAAGACAAAGGAGGAAAGCAAAAAGAAAAAAACAAUACAAUACAAUAUAUAGACAAUGCAAAACACAACCUAAGCUCAAAACUAAACACAUUAAACUAAACUAAACAAACCCCACUCCCUAACCUUAACCCUAAAUGAAACAAAACAAAAACAAUUUAAAAACAUACAUCAUCUCUUUUCCAUACUCUAUCUUUCAUUCCCUUGUUUCCUCGACCUCCUCUCACCUCCCUUUUUGUAUUCCACUUCUAUUAAUUGUUUCAGCAAAUCCUUUCCAUCUUUCUCCAUUUUCUAUCAUAUUGUAAAUAACGUAUUUUUAACCUUAUUUUCCAUUAAAACUAAAAUACUUAUAUAUGCUUAACUCCUUAUAACAUUUCUGCUAAGCCCAUAAAAAUCAUUCCACCAUUUUUCUAUCACUCAUUAGUUUUACCAUAAGUCUAUAUAUAAACUUUAAAUUUUCCAAUCUUCUUCCACCAUCUCCUCUCCCUGGUUUCGGAUUCUGCCAGUCCUUUCCGUCAACUCCAUAAAGUCCAUCAACCUGGUGAUCUUAUGUCCGAGGCUCUUAACUCUUUUCCAAGUCCCUUCUGCAGGUCUUCUUCAUUUUCUUUAAUGCUAAAGAGCAAAUCUCGGGGAAACUCCAACCUGUCAAUCCUUUUCUUCCUUCUGAACAGAUCAGCCAAAUUUCCAUAGUUAAAGCUACGGUCCAUAAAGUAUUUCAGGGCAUAUUUCAAGAUUCCUCCAAGUCCAAAGGCCCCCAAAACUUCAAUCUUCUCCAGGCCCGAGUCCAUGUCCCAAAAGUCAGUUAAUCCCUGCAUAGAGGGAUCUUUCCAACUUUCCUUCUUUAGUCCAUUCCUCAGAGUCUGACUUUUCCUAGAUUCAAUCAUAAAAGGCCUCAACUUAUAGUCCUCAAUUUGCUUCUGUAAAGCCACGGAUCUCACGUGUAUUACUUUAUGUUCAACAACAGCAGCAUUCUCCUCCUCCUCCUCCUCCACCAUUUGUCCUGCCAAAAUGGAUUCCUGUACCAAGUCCUGAAUUAUUUCUGUGUUGGUGUUCGCUUUUUGACUCAAAUUAGUCACUUUCUGUUCCAAAUUAUCAACUUUAAAAGUCAUGUCAUCCAUCUUCUUGUGAAGCUGUCCCAGCGAACAGCUUAUCUUACAUAAAACAGUCACAAUGGCCUCUCCUGUCAACAUUUUUAAAUGGUCCAAGGUCACUCUCUGGUUCUCAGAAUCCUUAUCUACAGCUGGAAAUUCCCCAGUUACACUCCUGUAACAGUUUCAAAAGCUCCCUCUAGAGGGAAACAGUCUCCACUUGUAUCAGUUCUUUCAGGCACAACUCAAGCAUUAAAGAUAAAUUUUCAGUUACUUUUCCUCUUUUUUAAACGCAGAAGAGGACAAUGGAAACAGUAUCUUACUCUUAUUUAGCUAGCUGUCAAAUCCGUUCUGUCAAAUGCACUCUCUCCAAACGUCAUCUGGCAGCCCGUUCCCAGGUUCAGAGCAGUGGUAAUUUGAUUUUUCACUCUCUCCUGCAGGCUCACUAGAUCCAAAAUUUCCCCCUCUUCUCCUGCUUCCAUGAGGGGGUUUUGUAUUUUAAACCGAUGGAAAUUUAAUCCUUUGCCAAAAGCUUUCAAAGACUUUAACUUGUAACGUCUUUGCUUCAGUCUAUUUACAAAAACGGAAGGCAGACUUCCUGUUUAUGACCUUCCCGCUUCAGUGCCAAAUUAAAGUGUUUAAAAAUCCAAUUUUCUGUUUUACUCACGAGUAGUUGUUUAAAAUCCAAUUGUCCACAGGAAAAAGUCAGCGCUCUCCGGCAACAGCAAUGUGGCUUCACUCCGUGAAAGAAGCAGUCGAUUCAAAACAGCCGCACCACUCACCCCACGUCGCUCCGGAUCCCCAAAACAGGGUUUCCCCGCGAGUAGGGGGGCGCAAAAGGUGCCAGCCGAAUCCCAGGUUCACAUGCUUCUCCCGCUUGUGAUUUCAAUGGGUCUCCACCUUCGCCGUGGCGGUCAGACCCUGUUUUCCACGGAGCAAGUUCCUCCCGAACGGAGGAGCUCUGCCAUUGCCGGAGGCGCCAACCCGGAAGUCCGCUGAUCAUGACUUGUUAGGGAGCAACAAAGAACAAUCUGUAGUUCAGACAUAAUGGGAAGCCAAGGCUUCCUGGCUUGUAUAUCCUGCUUGUACCAGGGCAAGUGUCACAUGGGAACAGUUGGGCAGUGUGCACUAGCUUGCUGCUCAUUCACAGUAAAUGACAAUAAGCCAGAAGGUCUGGCUUAUCAUUGGAUCAGAUGCAUACUUGGUCAUUUUGUAUCUGUCCAUAUGAAAGAACCUGAAUAGGGGAAUGAUCUAGGUAAAGAUACAAGCAGAAAAUAAGCUGGGAGGUCACACUGUAGGACCUAUCUUGAAGCUUGAGUAUUAUUCUGGAAAUUAUCCAAUUUUCUUUCUUUCAUCUAAGCAAGUGUCCAACAUCAGUAUGCAUGGCAGAAAAUUCUCCAUUUAUGCAGCGGUGAGCCAGGGUGCUCUGGCUAGAGAAGGAUUGCUUCCACUGUAAUUUCAUGGCUGACAAAUGACAUUCCACUUCCAUCUUAUGCAUCUGUGUCUCUAUAUCUCAUUGCCCAUGUACUGUCUAGACUCUUCCUUUUGAUACAGUGAUACAAUAGUAAUUUAUCACCUUAGCUAGUUUUAUCAAGGUUCUUUUAGAAGAAAGCAUCUUGCUCAACAGCAGACUGCUUACUAUGCUGAGAAUUUUUGGCUUUUAUUUCAAUAAGCAUUCUUAUUGUGUGAGGUUGUUUACAGGGUAAAAUGAAAAGAGAAAAAAUCUUGGUUUAAACUUUAAAAAUAAAAAGACUUUUUGCCUCUCUGUGUUGUUGGCAUUUCUAACAAAAUGUUUGUAUAGUUACAGCCAGUAGAGCUGCACUCCCCACACCCUUUAAUACCUUUGCUAAUGGAGGCUGAAGUAAUAUUUAUUAUUUGUGACUGUUGGAUACUUAUAAUUUUGAGAGUCGCAUUAACUUUUUGGGUCUCUUUCUGAUUUUAUUCCUUCUCUGUUAAAAUAGAGCUUCAUAGUCACACUUUUCUAAUUCUGGAGUACAUUUACAAUUUACAUUUACACUUUUCUAAUUCUGGAGUACAUUUUCUUUUGAGUGAAGGAAGGCUUUGUGCCUGAUUCAAGGCCACUUUAUAAAUUUAGGGGCUUUUUUAUGCAGAGAGAAUGUGCCAAAUAAAUUUUUAUUUUAAAUAUUUAUAUUUUAUUGAAAACGUGUAGAAGAAACUUGUUUAUUACGAAGGGAAUAUUUUUCUUUAUAACAAAUACACAGAUUUGAAGCUGUUCCAUUGCCCAGCUUAGUGGUACUAUUGAUUGUGCUAUGAAGUUUCCAUACCACCAAGUGUUUACUUACAUGAAAGUGUCCUCCAGUCAAAACCCAAGAGUUUGCAAAUGCUUGGUCAAUUGUAUGAUACACUGCCUUAUUUUGCUCGUGUUUGUUCAUUAUUUGCAUACAUACAUACAUACAUAUCCCACCCUUUUCUCUGACAGGGCAUGAUGUGCACCUCAACAAAAUGCAUAUUCUAGAAACUGACAGAAAACCAGAUUAGAUUGUGCUUUCCACUUCCAAAGCCAGUUCAUAUGCUCAAACAAGUGCCUGGUCUGAUUCUUUCACAACAUAGUACAGGCAACCCCUGAUUUGCAAGGGGGUUGCUUUGCGGAUCAUCACGCACGGUGGUAGAGCAUGCAUAAACCCACUAUGCCCCAGUUCCAUCCCCUUUUCUGGCCAUUUCCAGGUUGCUGAGAUGCUCGCAUGCGUGGUUGCACACUUAUCAAAUGCACAUAAAUCAUUCAUUGCCUGUAUCAAAAUGAACUUGAGAGUGGGGAGUUGGUUUGCUUUUUUUGAAAAGUGCCAUCUGUGAAAGUAUGUGGGCAACUUAGACACUAAAGAAAGUGCUCUUAAUUAUUUUUACUCUUUUAUCCACGUUGACUUGCAACUGGAAAGUGUUUUUUCAAGCUUGGUUCCUUUGCUGCAGCCCUAGUAGUACUUCAUCCUAAAUGCAGCCUUGGAAGGACCAGGUAAUUAACACAUCAUAGGUGAUCAGACAUCCCAGCACAGGCCAACUUUCUUCCCUUUUAAUCUGGUUUUGAGGGGAGGAGGGUCUGGAGCUUAGUAUAAAAGCCAGAAGAAGAUUGACUUUCUGUGCUGGUACCUGUGCUUUGGUCUUUGUAGAGAGACCUUUCUGGGUAGAGGUGCCGCUGCACUCCCCUCUCCUCCUCAACAGGUUGGACCCCCAAGAAGCUUUUGUCUGCAUACUGCAUGCAUGUCUGGGCCUGCCAUUCCCACAUGGGCCACCCUCCCUUGGCAAAGUCCCUCCAUUCAGUGAUGGUGGCUAAAAGAACCUUGGCUAAUUAUGCUGGACUGAAAAUUACCACUUUGCCCUGCGCUCCUGCUGCUGGGACUAUUUGUUCAGGGGCUGUAUUUAGUGGGAACAAAGCUCCCCUGCAGAGUGUGUCCAGCCCCAAGUAUGAAGCUACAGGUAGAAGCUUUAAAAUAAAGGGGGUAAUUACCAAUGUCUCCAGGUGAAAGCCCACUAAACUUCAAUAGCCCGAUAUAGCCUUGGGGGAAGAGGGGAGAAUCCCUCCUCCUCAAAUAAACGAUUCCUGCCAGGCAAUUAAGGGAAAAUAAUGUCACCCAGUGAAGGUGGGGGGGGGGGGAGUGAACUGCUGCUUAGAAAUUGUGGCUUUUUUCUUGCGCUUGUUUGUCAUUGGGUGGGGAAAUAAAAUGCCUUCCUUGAGGAGGGAGGGAGGAUUCCCACAAAUAUAUCCCAACCUCCCUGCUUGUUAAGUGGUUUGAAUGUACCUAGUGGGGAGCAAGUGAGGGAGGGAGAGUGAGAACAAAUAAGUCACAAAAAGGAAUCGCUGGAGCUUUACACCUGAGCAAGCUUUGAAAAAUUCAACAAUGCCAUUCACUGCCUCUUGUAAGGUGCUUUAGGGGGCAUGAGGACCCAUCUGAUCAGUUGAACAGAAAUUGUGUUCUUUGUCCACAGUACUGUGGAAGCCUUAGAAAACCCACAUUUCCCUCUACUGUCCUGUCUCUGAGUAGCUGCUGGAACUGCUGUGCAUAUAGGUGGAAGGAUUUUCUGUGGCAGACGCAUUAAGCCCUACCUAAAGGCCAGAAGGUGACAUGUUGAGAACCAAGGGGUUCCUCGUCUAUGGAGUUGGCCAUUGAGCAGAGAACAUAGCAAGCCCUCCCUGUUUCGUCCAGGUAAUUCCGUCCUGACAAUGUUCCAUACAAAUCUUGUAUGGGAGUUGUUAUUCUUCACAACCCAUGUUCUAGGAAACUAAUGACAGCACAGCUUUAUAAUUAAGAGUACAACAAAAAUUCCACCCUGGAACAUAAUAAAAGAGCUUGAAUUUUCCAUGAGAUCACAGACCUAUCAAUUUGUUUGUUUGUUUGUAUUUAUACCCUACAUACAAACCAAAGUUUUUGAGGCAACUUACAAUAAGUUUAAAACACAAUAAAAUGGACAGUGAUGCCCUAACAGGGCAAAAGUAUAUAUAAGUCCCCCCUCUAUUUGUUUUCUGGUGUUCCAACAAAUGCUGUUCUGCAGUUGAAUCUCCUAGCAGUUGAAGCAGCUAGAUAUUAGUCCCACAUAAAUGAGGAUGUCCUUACUAGGUGGCUACUGCUGGUGUUUCUCACAGCCUCAGCCCUGGCCGCAGAUACAGGAGAUGGUGGGUGGAGCAAAGAUGUAACAUACCUUCCUCCCAGUUCUCAGAUAUUCCCAUUUAGUUUAAAAACAAAAACAAAAAAACUUGUCCGGUCACUGAAGGAGAAUUCUACCACUAAUCUCCCUACCGAAACCAGUUUUUAACAUACUUACUUUCUGAUUUGUUUUGAGUGAUAUGCAAACUCUUCUGGGUACAUGCCAACAUCUAUUUCUUCAUAUGAGUAUAACUCUGGUCAUAGCUCAACAGCUUUAUGAUCUAUAAUGGCUGUCUUUGAAUGUUAGGCUGAACCAGGACUGGGGAAUCUGUGGCUCUUUGAUGCUGUUGGCUGUAUGACCAUUGGCUAAGAUGGCUGGGGCUGAUGGGAGUUAGUGUCUAACAAAAUCUGAAGGGCCACAGGUCUCCCAUCCCUGCCCUUAAACCAUAGAUUAGAGUUACAUGGCUGAGCCUUAGGGUGAUGCACCUCCUCUGCUGCAGUGUGGCCACGAGGAGGUGAUCAGAAGCAUAUACUUCUGUUUUGAACUACCGGUAAUCACAGCUUGUCAUCUGGUCCAGAACAAACUGUGAUCAGUUUUCACCAAACAAACCAAGCUCAAGUUGUUGUUUCUGAUCCUGGUUUGUUUAUAAUAAGCAUAGCUAGAAUUAACUGCAGCUCCCAGUUUGAACGAAAGGACAAGCAGUAGUUAGUUUAAAAUGGAAAUGGAGGCUUCUGAUCUCCAUUUAGUGGAUUUAGUGUCUAACCCAAGUCAGAUCUCAAAAUAUGUGACUCACCAGGAUGUAGAUUACAGUUUCAAACUGAUUUGUAGAGCACUAUUUGAGCCGACUAUGGCUUGCUGUUGUGUGUGAAUUCACAGACCAUUGGCAGACCACAGUUAGGGCCAUUACUUUGCCUCAAGAGACUGUCACAUCAUAGAAAUAGGAGUAAAUUUAUGAAGCUGAAUGCUCAUCAGAUGGGAAACAAAAAGGCUAAUCAAAACCUCUGUUUGCCUCUUGUAAGUCUGGAAGCUUAAACUAUGAUGUGGGUUCUUAAUUAAGGUUAGAAGAAGCCUUGGUUUUGUAGUACUUCUGAAUUUAGUCAAUGUCUUCAGCAUCAAUACUUUAAUCUUAGACCUAGAAUCAGUUGUGUGGGUAUGUGUUGAAAAAGAGGCCAUCGCCCGUUCUUGUAUUCUCGAGUUUAAAUGUUAGAGUACUGUGUAGUUUAAUGUGAUUUACUGUUCUAGCAAUUGAAAUAAGGGUUCCCCGCCACAGCCUAUAAUUCCUUUAUCUAUUUUUUUUUUUAAGUAAUAAACUCAGCAGGCAUUUUCUCAGUGAAAGCCAAGGCAGUAUUUAAGGGAUGUCUAUAUGCAGCAGACUGUGUAUGGCCAAUUUGUCCUGGUUUUCUGCCCCAUUUGUGUCAUUUCACUGCAUAGCAUUCAUACUUGGUCUCAAAAUUGAAUCCUUGAAUCUUCAAUACACCGAGUAAAAGCUAAGUCUCAUGAUAGUUUCCCCACCACUCACUCAUUCAUUCAUUAUAAUUUUGGUUUAAAUAUUUUUCUUUAGUUAGCGGUAGGUCAAAUUCAUUUGCACAGUAAACCACCUACAGUUUCUGAAUAGCUUAUGACUUAAGUAAAAGCUCUGUAACCAAUAUGACUCUAGAAUGUGGUGAUCUAAAAUUACAGUAUUUAUAUGAACUGCCUCAGCAGCCCAGCCCCUAUCAGAAUUUAAACCUAGUUGGACUGUGAACAGUAAAGCAACCAUAUGGAAAUACACUGGCUUGGUUCAAAUAUAACACUAAACCAUGGUUUGAGGCUAUAUGAAUGAGCCUUAUGCUACACCUUCUCUUGUCUCCUUGUAUUCUCUGCUUUCCUCCUGAUUUAGUAGCAAACCAUAGUUUGCCAUUACACCCAAAUUAGGCAAAACAUUAUUGUGAACCCAGUUCAAAUCUUGCAUGCAAUCCCAGUGUGCAGACAAAUUAUAGUUUUCUCUGUUCAGUAAACUGUGGUUUAUCAAGGUAUGUGAGAAUUGACCGGACACAGGAGUAAGGGAAGGAGGGAGCUUAUGAGUUCAUUAAUCAAUCAAAUCAUGGCAUUGUGGUGAACUGAUGCUACCUAGCCCUUGCAGUCAACCCCUCCCCCCCACAGCUGACAUAAUAUUAGCAACUGGAUACGUUGGGCUUUCCAAAGCUAUCCUGAACUAUCUGUUUUUGCGGUUGUGCUGGAGGUACUGAUCUUAAAUGGACUGCCUCAGAACAAUCAGCAGUAAUGACAGAUUCAGUUGUAACAAUGUCAUAUAUGUUCAAGAUAAUAUGCAUCCUGUUUCACUUUUCCACGGAAUGCCCAGAUGCAACAAGCAUGCAAAUGUUGGAUGGAAAUGAUAACGGUACAACCUGGUGUCUGUUGGACCCACCAGCCACAGGCAAACAAGAAACAGUAUAAUAGCCAGAGAACUGCUGCAUAUGAACGAUAUGUUUAAGUAUCCCCAAUGUGCUCACCUGUUUCUGCUAUACAAAGCAGGGCACAGUCUGACUUCCUACAUUUUGUUAGUGGAUUAGGGGGUGGGGUGGGAAGAGAUUCCUUCAAUACAGAGGACUGCUGCAGACAUUUUAGUGACGUCAAAUGACUGACUUUAUGCUGCAGUUCAUACCCAGCAAACAGUUGUGGCAUACUGGAAAUCUAUAACUUGCUGGAUUUUUAAAACUUUUAUAUUUAAGUUUGGGAUCUGGGACCUGCCUCUGGAUUUUAAAGUCGAUUGCCAUCAUUUCUAUUCAAUUAUACUGCCUCUCAAAAAUCAAACUCUGACAUUUAUAAUUCUCACAAAAUAUAAUGGCCUGCAAAAACAAAACACUCUGUGCUGAAGGGCAUCACAAAUUGCCCACCAUUGGACUUAUAGAAAUAGUCAGGUAAUAGGCAGAAAUGGAGAAUUUGUGAUCCUUCAAAUGUUGUUCCAUCAUCCCUGCUUGUUGACCAUGCUAACUACUUGGGCUGAUAGGAGUUGGAGUCAGACAACAUCUGGAUGGCCACAAGUUGCCAUUCUUGCUGUAUGCUUAAUACUUGAUUUUCUUAACCUGGUGAAAUAGCUUGCUCUAAUCCAUUUAGUCUGGAGGCCUGGAAUGGGCUGAAGAAAUGUUCUGAAUUCCUAUAAACCAGGUUGACUUUUUAGGUCCUUGGGCAAUUGGACUUCUGGGAUUUAUCCCCCAGCCCUGCUGUAAAAGAUUUGGGUUGAGCAAAUUUUCAUACACAAAAGCAGUAUGUUUGCCAGAGACUGAAGAUGGUGCUUUUCAUCCGUAAACCAGACUUGGAACAGUGACGCAACUGGCCCUAGCCUUCAACCCAGCCUUCACUGAGAGGCAUCUCUGUUCAAAUCCCGGGUCUGGAAUUAUGGCUUUCCCUACAACUCACAAUGCUCUCCUUGGUGUGAAAUGCAAACACCCACUUCCCAGGGGCCAAUUUUCCAACCAGGGUGGGAAACGGCGCACACAUGAAUUAUUGGUAUCUUUCUGUGCUUCUGUCGUUAGUGGUCCCUACCAUUUCCUCCUUUGGUGCUGGAGGGGGAAUACUGUAAAUCCUGGAAAUAUACACAUCUCCUUGCUCAAGAUUUGUUCUCUCUGCACAUCAAAUGUCUCCAUUGCAGGACCUGAAGGGACCAGGCGAAGUUCUUCUGUAGCUCUUCUGUUUACAAUUUAUGAUGCAUACCCAGAGAGCCAUUCACUCUCAGGCUGGCGGAGAUCUAUGAAAAUAGCAUCAUAGUGCAUAUAUCUGUGUAUGUAAAGAUUUUUUGAGCAGUGGUUAAUAUGCUAAUUGUCCAUAACUCUGCUAAUAUGAUGGACUUUCCUAUUCACUUCUACUUUUUGGUAAUAAAUUAGCAUUAAAUACUUGGCAGGUAUAUUUUAAAGAGUUUGAUUGGCUUCUCUACAAGUAGGAACGGUAGUUUGGUAUUUGGGGCCACCAGCAAAGCCAGGGAAGAGGGUUGCAGAGAAGGCAAAGGACAGUACUGUAGCUGUUGAGACUUAGGCAGGGCAGCAAGGAGGAAAGACCAGGUAGAGCUAGAACAACAUGGAUACAGAGCUGGGGUAGUAAUAAGAUUAAUGUAUUACAUUUGUAUCUGGUCCUAUCUCUUAGCCAGGGCUGGGGAAUUUGUGGGUCUCCAGAUAUUGCUGGGCUCCAGCUUCCUUCAUCCCUAGCCAGCAUGGCCAGUGUUUAGGAAUGAUGGCAGUUGGAGUCCAACCACAUCAGAAAGGCCACAGGUCCCCCAUCAUGAUUCUAAGGAAUUCAUAGUGGUGUUUUAGACUCACAACAAAGUUCAUCCCUGUAAUGGAUGCCUUUGCAAGCUACAAAUUGGAUCAUUGUUAAAAUGCAGAAUGAAGGACAGAUCAUGAAGCUGAGGCUCCAAUACUUUGGCCACCUCAUGAGAAGAGAAGACUCCCUGGAAAAGACCCUGAUGUUGGGAAAGAUUGAGGGCACAAGGAGAAGGGGACGACAGAGGACGAGAUGGUUGGACAGUGUUCUCGAAGCUACAAACAUGAGUCUGACCAAACUGCGGGAGGCAGUGGAGGACAGAAGUGCCUGGCGUGCUCUGGUCCAUGGGGUCACGAAGAGUCGGACACGACUAAACGACUAAACAACAACAACAUUGAAGACAACUCAAAAGAUCCUGCUGGUUCAGAAUGGAGCAGUGUGGCUAUUAACUGGCACUGGUUGCUUGGGCAUUUUAUGUUGAUGUUAAGUGGUGCUUGCAGAGGCAUUAUCUUAAAAGAUUCAGGGAACAAGCCCAUUGUACAACUUUUGCAUAAAAUAUGCAUAUGCACUUAUAUUUAUAUAUGUAAAUUUGGGAAUUUGAGAAAAUUACAAUUGUGGGUCAUUAGGGCCUCACCAGCAUUAUGCUUUGCAGCUUGUCUAGCAAUUCUGGAAGCAACGUAAAAUGAAAAUCUUAAGUUUUUUAUUUUAAAAACCCCACUGCUCAGACCUCCUGACCCACCCCCUAACAAAGCAUCAGUGGCAUUGAUACUUAAAACCCUAAGUGGUCUGGGUCCAGGCUAACUAAGAAGGUUACCUUCUCCUUUAUUCACCUCCCUGCACAUCAAUAUCUCUAGGUACUUCCCUUGGCAGAAACCAGGUUGAUGUUUAGUAGGAACAGUGUCUUCUCGGUGGUAGUACCUCUUUUUUGAAAUGGUAUUCCCUCUCAAGCCCAAAGACCUAGCUCCUUACUGUCAUUAUAAAAGCAAGCUAAUAUUUUAUUUUACCAUUCUUUAGGGGGAUAGUGUCAGUUGCUUUCAUCUGUGCUGUUCGUUUUGAUACAUUAAUUUUAUUUAUUUGUUUUACAUAUUGUAUUUUAAAUAUACUAUGCUUUUAUGCAGUAAGCUGCACAGAAAUGGUUUGAAUGUGCAGAACAAUGUAAUGAGACAGAUUUGAGAGCUGGAAAAAUAAGCCAUGUGGUAAGUUCAUCUACAAUCUGCUGAUCAAGCAAAUAUAAAAUGAUGCGUCAAAGCUUUUGCAGGCAGAAUUCAGUGGGCAUCAAAGGGCUCUAUAUUCAGAGAUAAAAAAAUGGAUAAAGAAUCAACAUGUAGGGAUUUAAAGUUGGAUGAACGUGGAUUCCAAAGGAUUUUUUUAAUGGGGGAAGGCAGUUUAGAGAGUUGGAUUCUGUACACUUUCUGGUUUGCAAAAUUUAAACCAAGUGCUUUUCCAUAUGGGUUUAAUUCAGGAGCUGAGAGUCUAAUUUCAGCAUUUCCAAUAGCCCUAAUCCAGUGUGUGUGGUGCUUCAGAUAAAGCUGGUCGCUACCAUUUCCCAUGGUUGGCAGGGACCAGUAUGAACUGUAUUAUCAUGGUGCACUCACCACAAUGAGAUGUCCUGGAGAAAAAGGUUGAUCACUUUUGCCUAAAGUACCCCCUCAUCCUGCCAACUGUGUCCUACAGGAAGCUGCUGUUCUGGUGAGUCUUGGUUCCUGAUUUAUAAGAAGCUGCCUUAUACCAGGUGGAAUUAUUUGUUCAACUAGCCCAGUAUUACUCCCAAAGGCAGCAUUUCUUUGCGGUCUAAGGCAGAGGGCUUUCACAUCACCUGCUGCCUUGUGAAGACACCCGGGUUUGAGCCUGGGACCUUCUUUAUGCAAAGUGUGUGCUCUCCAUUUGCACUGCAGGCUUGUUUUAAACCCACUGCUCCUGCUCAAAAAACACUCCCAUGUACAAAUGCUCUAUGGAGACUUUUUACAUUUCGAAGGUGAUUGCUUUGUGAAAUGGUUCAGAUAUGUACAGAGUUGGAUGUCGCUACUGGAUCUGUUGGGGAAGCAUGUCAGCAAGUGCCACAUGCCUAUAUACUCGGUAUGGUGUGGCACAUCAGGACCUGAGAUUCAGCGUGUGGUGACAUGGCAGAGGGCAUUUCCACUACAAGCACCCUGCUUAUGGAAUUCCCUCCCAUUCCAAAUAAGGCUGGUACUUACUAUUGUGAAUUUUUGGUGCCACUUAAAGACCUACUAGGGACACGGGUGGUGCUGUGGGUUAAACCACAGAGCCUAGGACUUGCCGAUUAGAAGGUCGGCAGUUUGAAUCCCCACAACAGGGUGAGCUCCCGUUGCUCGGUCCCUGCACCUUCCAACCUAGCAGUUCGAAAGCACGUCAAAGUGCAAGUAGAUAAAUAGGUUAGCCAGAAGUGACUUAGUCAUGCUGGCCACAUGACCCAGAAGCUGUAUGCCGGCUCCCUCGGCCAAUAAAGCAAGAUGAGCGCCGCAACCCCAGAGUCAGCCACAACUAGACCUAAUGGUCAGGGGUCCCUUUACCUUGAAAAACCUACUUGUUUACCCGGACCUUUUGGUGUUUUGUUGUCCACUUAGUCUGUUCCGAUGAAAUUUUACCACUCUCAUUGAUGUUUAUUUUUAUUUGGUUUUCUAGUGUUUUUUAUGUUUUUAUUUUGUAAUGCCACCUAAUGUAAUUAAAAUAUUUAAGCAGUUUACAUAGAACAAUUAAAAUACAACAUUCAAUUUAAGUACAAAAUUGAGCAAAACAUUCAGUAAAAGCUAGAUGAAAAUAAGUUUUAAAAAAACACAGACAGCAGUAUAUCACAAAUAAAACUGAACAGUGUAAAACAAUAAUAAUAAAAAUUAAGAAUCGGUCUCCAGGAAAACUUGGCGGACGAAAUAAGAUUUUUAAAAACCUUAAAAUAUCAUUAUUGUCUCUAUUAUUGAAAUUGCUCUGGAAUACCUUUUUGGAAAUAGAGUGGGCUAUGAAUAAUUUUAAAUAAAUAUUUCAGAAAUAGCCUGUACCAAGAAUAUCAAAUAAAAAAGUUAAGGCAAAGUGAAUGGUGAGAAUUAGAUGCUAAGGGAGAAUUAUGUACGCCUUUUCUUUUGCCUGCUGAUUUUCCUCUGUAGGCACUCCAUUUGCAUUAUGGGAGAAACAUGGGGUGGGGAGUACAAUGAUUCCCAUCUAACGUCUGGUUUCAUUCCUAGUUUGAAUCCCAAUGAGGAUUCUGCACUUGUGGGAGAAUGAGGUGGCAGUAGAAUGGGCUGUACCACUUCAGGCUGGAGACCGUCUUAGAAACAGUCUUUGGAUUACAUUUCUGUAUUCUCCCUGUUAAAAACAAAUAAAUUCCUUGCAAGUAGUCCAGCAGGGUCCAGGCUCAGCUAGAACCUGUCUCCGCAGUGUGUAUGUGUUUUUAAGUUGCAGCGUUUGUAUGUGUGUUUUUACAAGGCUGAGAAUUCAGAAAUGGUAUCUUCUCCCCACAGCCUGAACUGGUGCAGUCCAUUGUACCGCUACCUCCUUCUGCUGCAUGUGUUAUAACUGGUCUAAAUUUUGGCAGGGUCUCAAGACAGUGCUUGUUAUAACCAGUUAAAUAUGGCGGUGUGCUAUGGGGGUGGGUGUUCUGUUGAAUUCUGUGAGACCCACUUGCUGACUUUUAAUUGUUUGAUUUCCAUCCAUGCUCAUGCGUGAUAUAUAGAGACCUGGAACUGGUCAAUUAAAACUAAACUGCUGAUAGUUUAAUUUGUUGAGUGAUGUUUCCUGGGAGAGAUGAACAUUCUCUCACCAUCCAAUCAUCUCUGGAUAUGUGUGUACAGUUGGAUAUACUCCAUGACGUUUUGUAGAUUCAGCUUAGGACCAUCCGCUGUGCAAUGUCCACCUCCCUCCUGCCCUUUACAAUGUUGCUACUGUUGGGGCCCCUCCUCCCAUCACCCUCCAGCAGGGGGGACGCAGUAAGUUUGUGUGACCUUAGCACUAAAUUCAGACUGCAGGAGUUACCUUCUAUAAUGAUGUCAACUGAUUAGGUUAGCGGGGCUGGUGGCAGCCACGAUAAGACGUGACAUGUUCUAAUGAUUUGCUUUAGCAGGAGCGCAGGAGCAAUGAGGAGGAAGAGGCAGGAAAGGCGGGGGGCCCACAGGUGCCGACAAAGACUUUGACCUUUGCUGCUAUAAUAUCAGUUAUUCACAGGCCAGGCGGUUCGGUAACCCACUUCCAGACCAUCAAAAAUUGAUUUAAUUGCAAUUUCCCCCCCCAAUUCAGAGCAUUGGAGCUUGACUAAUUGGAGUAAUAGAGAGUAAUAAGGCUCUGAUUAAAAAAAAGCUUUCCUCUGCCUCCUUUUGUAUCCUGUGUCAUUGCCUGUCAGAGGUCAGGGAGCCUGCAUAUUCUAUUAGGCCGAGUUGCCUUCAUUUGGACAAAUUAGUUUACCCAACAGUAAUUAAAAUGCCAAUGUGGGUCGGGAAGAGCUGAAUGCAAUUGAUGGGCAAGUUGGUGAAGGAUUUGACAGCUUUGGUGGCCGCCCUUGCCAGAGCGUGUCGGUGCGGACUCAAAGGCUGCACCAGUUUGGGUCUAUGUGGUUAGCACAGCUCUGGGGUUGAAAGAGGCUCAGGAAAAGUGUCCUUCUCUUUGGUCUCCUCUCUCUGUGCGCUCAGUUCCUCCCCUUGUUUCUUUAUGACACUUGGGUUCAUUCCUCCCUGACGCCCAGACUCUUUGUCCCAACGAGACCGCCCUCAGCCCCCUUUGUCGUACCCCCCAUUUCCCAGCUGCUGGGCUCUUGCUAAGUAAUAGGUUCUUUGUUUCUUGGUUCGAUGAUCCUUCAUAUAGAAUAAUUUCCAAAAUGCGAUGAUAACAUCCAGUUUAAAGGGUGUGGGGAUAGGCGGGAGAGAAGAACAGAGAUAGAAGCUUGUGUGAUGCAGCCAGAUUCUGGAGUCCCAUAUGCAAAGAGCUGUGCAGGACUUGGUGGAAAGUGUUGGGUUAAUAGAGUAGAAUGGGUAGAAUUAUGGGAUAAAAUGGAAAAGAACUGAAACAUGGUUAAUUUGGAUGCAGGUGCAAGAGACGGGGUAGCAUAUUAAGCCUUAGUUCUAAAACAACUGACAACCUGGAAGUGGUCUUGGUACCUGGAAAUAAAGUGUAAUACCUGCAGGGCAUAUGCUAUAUUUUGGAUGCUUUUGGUUGCCUGGGGUUCAUCUACAGUACAUCAAGGCUGAGAAUAUAUUCAAGUGGCAACUUUAAUCUUUAUUUUCCUUUUAUGGCAAACAAUGAACAAUUUGCCUGCUUCUGUCGGCCUGGCUUAUCCUAUAGUGCACUGUAUAUCUAGGUUCUAGAGCUGUAAUAGUUGUAUUGGUUCAUAUGGGGAGAGGCGGCCCUUGAGGUAUUGUAGUCUUGAAUCGUUUAAGGCUUUAUAGGUCAAAACCAGAACUUGAAUUCAGCCCAGAAACUAAUUGGCAGCCAGUGCAGUCAGGCCAGGACGGGUGUAAUAUGCUCACGUUUACCACUGGCAAGCCAGGUGUUCCCCAGCUUAUGUUUGUGCAGCCUGCCUAAGUGUUAAACCUGACAUUUGUCUCUAUUGAAAUUCAUUUUGUUAGUUUUGGUGUUAUCUGCAGGUGUGUUGAGUAUUCACUCAAUUCCUUCAUCCAAGUCUCUUAUAAAGACGUUGGACAACAACGGGCCCAGGACAGAACCCUGUGUUCUUUUGCUACUUUUUUCCAGGAUGCCAAGGAAAUGUUAGUGAGCAUUGUUUGGGUUUGGCCAGCCAGCGAGCUACAAAUCCACCUAACAGUUACCUAGUCCAGUCCAUAUUUUACCAGCUUCUCCACAAAAAUACCAGGGGGAAUUUUUCAAAAGCCUGACUGAAAUUGAGAUACACUGCAUCCAUAGCAUUCCCUUGAUCCACUAAGCUUGUAAUUCUACAAAAGGAAAAGAAAAAGAAAUUAUAUUCGUCUGGCAUGACUUGUUUUUGAAAAACCCAUGCUGGGUCUUAGUAAUCACAGUAUCUUUUCCCAAGUGUUCACACACAAACUGUUUAAUUGUCUGCUCUAGGACCUUCCCUGGUAUUGAUGUCAAGCUUACCAGUCAGUAGUUACCUGGGUCUUCCUUUCCCCCCCUUUUGAAGAUGGGGACAACAUUUGCCCGUCUCCAGUCUGUAGGGACCUCACCUGUACUUCAAGAAUUCUCAAAGAUCAUAGACAAAGGCUCUGAAAUUGCACCCAAAAGCUCCUUUAGUACCCUUGGAUGCAGCUCAUCAGGCCAUGGAGAUUUGAAUUCAUUUAAAGUAGCUAAAAAGUUGAAAAUGUGGAUAGCCCCUUUAUGCUCUCAAAAAAUAGUAACAAAGCCAUAGUUUUAGAAUUGAAUGUGCAUGAAAUGGCACCAGUCUCUUUAACCUCAACAAUAGAAACAUUCCAAUUAUAAGAUUUCCUACAGACCCUUUUCUGCACUAGGUUGGCAGGAUACAUUAGUGGGUCAGGAUCUGUUUAGCUAGAGGAAAGUGGUGCAAAGCUAAGGAGCAAUGUGGAAGUCAACUGCCGAGAAAUUUCUAAUCCCUACCACAGACUGGCUUGGAGGCUGUACCAGCAAAGUGGCAGGGAUUAGUGCUGGUGAUCUCCACCCACUUCUCCUUUCUUAUUGGCAUACCUUGAUGCUAAUUUAGACCUGAGCAGUCUCUGGAGGGAUGCUACAUACUUCUUCUGAAAGAUCUGUAUGCCUGUAUAGACAGAGCAAGGGGGAGAGGGAGCAAAAACCUUUAAAACCCAAUUGCCCACUUCAGUGGUUUCCAAGCUGCUAUUAUGUUUCUGAUCACAGUAAUUGGCGUUACUAUUUACUAAUGGCUUAUGGUAAAGGGGGGAAAGAGACAAAAACCCAGCACCUCAGUUUGUAGUUCUGGGCUGCUGAAGAUUGCUUGCCGACUUUGAAAUGUGUGUCAGUUGAUAUGAUGCUCUAUCCUUAAUUUUUUUUAUUUUAAAAUAUUUAUAUUUCACGUUUCCAUAUUAAGAGCUUGUCAGUGUUCUGACAUCUCACCUUUGAUAGCCUGUGAGGAGUGGAGCAGAUUCUUAUCAUGGGCAUCAGGUCAGCAGCUUGGACCUUCAGUUAGACCUCAAGGGAACCUGCUAGCUGGUUGAUAGAAAUCAGUCACUUCUGGCUUUUAACCCUCCAUCAACAGUGGGGCCAAGCACAAUAACACUUUUUUUGUAUUCCUGGUGAGCAAUUAAUUGCCAUGUGAUAUUUUAGGGCUCUCCUCAGUUUAGUUAAAAACCUAUGGUUUUACUCUUAUGGUUGGUGGUUACAAAUUUAUCUCUGUUGGAAUGACAGAGAAAAUGAAGAACUAUGCUUGUAAGGCGAUGGGGUGAAAGCAGCCUUGUCAGAUGCUCUUGAUUCAUUAGUUACUUGUCAUGUCAACAGGUACUUACCUCAGAACCUAUUCUGUCCAUUUUGUGUGAGAAAAACGCAUAAGGAGUGGGGAAAAUUGAAUGAUAGUUAUCAAAUUUUACUCAGGGUAGACCUCUUGAAAUCAAUGGAUAUAACAUAGACAUGUUCAUGAAUUUCAGUGCGUCUAUUCUGAGUAAAAUAUAGUUGAAUACCACCCAUUAUUUUGACUAUUUUCAUAUUGGGUGAAUCAUUCACUUUCCUUAACAUUACCACAAAUGACAUUGGGGAUCAAUAGCAUUCCACAUGUUUACAAAAACCUUGUACAAACCUGAUUUUUUAAAAGCAUUUUUCUGCAGCUGAAACAUUCCUUCUGACCCACCAAAACAGGUUUUUUUUUAAUCAAACUAUCAUUUCGUACAAAGUUUACUGGUUGCUUUUGGGGUCACUGAGCCCCCAGAUGGAUCUGCAUGUGUUUACAAGCACCUAGGACUCUUACUUUGACAGGUGGCAGACUUAAUGACAGCUCUCAGUCAAGGACCUUGAGAUGGCCACUUUCCUCUAUUCACAAAAAGUUAUGUGCGAAAUGUGCUGUUAAGGGUUGCCCUCAACACUUCCAGACCAAUAUGUCACUGGCCUUCUUCAAAAGUCAAUUAAGGCCUGGGAUUUGAUGAUCAGCUUCAAUGCGGAGCAAACAUUGUGAGAGACAGGCUUCCCCCAUGCAAAAUCUUUGGGAUGUUUACCAACACUCUCCCACAAUGCUUUGUGCCAUGUGAAAACAUUAGAAUUGACGAACAAGUGGUGCCAUUCCAAGGAGGACAUCCAAUGAAGCAGUAUAUGCCAUCUAAGCCAGCGAAGGAUGACAUCAAGUUCAUAAACUAUAUUCUGUUUAUGAUAUAUAUGUGUGGAAAGAAGGGUUUCUCAGCAGCAUAAAACCUAGACAGACAGUGUCAGAGAAACUAAUAUUACAUUUAUAGGGUUCUAGGCUGUUCUGUGCCACAGUCCAGGGAAUUAGCUAAGAAAAAACUAACUCUGGUCGGCACAUUGAAGGAAGGAAGGAAGCAAGGAAGGAAGGAAGGAAGGAAGCCAACCAACCAACCAACCAACCAACCAACCAACCAACCAGAGAUUCCUUGAAUUCUUUGCCCACAAAUCCUGAAGCGUCAACAGCAACAGUUGGUUUUCUAGAAGAUCUAACACCUGUAAGCUAGAUGCCAUGGAAAGGAAAAACAGUGAUUCUCUUUUCUUCAAAGCAUGGUGCAGCAGUCUCAGGGCCCUCUCAACUGGUGUUUCGUUGGUUUUUUUGCCAAGUGUAUUCUGCAGUAUGUCAUAGUGUUAGACCAUGCUCAUUAUUUAUUGUUCUGCAGAAUUUCCUUGAUGUUGCCACAUUAAUUGCCUUCUAAAUGGCGCUCUUACACUAUAGUGCAACAGAAGAAAAGCAGGGUGGAGUGGGAAACAGAACAGCAACAAAAGAACCAGGACACGUUCAGUCUGAAAAGUUGCAGGAUUUCAGCAAGAAGCUAUGGGACUUGGGGUGAGACUGGGGAGUUGCUGCUUUUGUGUUUGUUUGUGUGUGAUUACUGUCAAUAUGUUUAUGAAACCGCUCCAGGAGACAAUCUUCUUAUCCGGAUGUCCAACUGAAAAGGGCAGUUGGACACUUACUACACCACAAAAAUGGGGGAUGAAGCAGCCAUUAUGACUGCAGUUGCCCUGAUACCUUUAGCUUUGUACUUCAUUCAACCUGCCUAAGGAGCUCUAAGAGCUUUUCAUGUAAUAAUUCUGACUGUGUGCUGCAGUAAUCUUCCUACAUAGGCAACAUGGAUCAGCACUAACAGUGCUGCAAAUUGGAGAAAGGUAUUACAUUGGUUCACACGAUGUGCUCAGCCAAACAUUGGCUUAGCAAGACCGCACAGAGUUGUGGGCUCUUAAGAGGCGGUUGCAGCCCCUUUGUUCCUCCCUGGUCCUGAUUGUUGCUGAGUUGCUCUAAGCAGGUAUUCAAAGCUUUGGCUUAGCAUGUUAUCUGAACUGGAGCUUGUGGUUAUGCUCUUUCCUCACUAACCAUCAGUUGUAGCCAAUGUUUGCUCUUGAUUUCACCUCGUAGUUAGUGAGGAGAGAAUUGAACCACAAGUCCUUGUUUGGAUGAUACUCAGCGAGGCAGCAAAAAGGACAGGAGGAACCUAGUGACUGAGUGCAACUCUCUGGGAGUCCACAUGUUUGUGCAGUCUUGCAAAGCAAAGGUUUGGCUUAGCACAUCAUGUGAGCCAGUUCAUUAUGUAUGUAGGUGUAGGAUGGCUUGUCUUGAAAUAGAUUUUGCAGAAAAAUGCUCCUCCCUUCCUUCAUUUAAAGAAAAUGGCUUAGGGAGCUGGGAAUCAUCUGUUUAUGCUGGCAUUGUCAUGAUGGUAGGCAUUUAGUUUUUCUGGUCAUAUUACUAUCUUGAGACUAUAAACCUCAAUAAUGUUUACAGUUGCACUAGAGCUCGUGUUAAAAGAACACCUUUCCAUGUUUCCUAGUCCAAUGCCUUGACUUGAACCGCAGCCCCAUUGCAGACUCUAUUCCAGCUUGUGCACUUUGCUUUCUACUGCUGUGGUUUCAGGGCAUGGAAGUUAAUGCAUUACAUCUCUCAAAUGUUUCGGCAUCUGGCCUCUGUGUAUUUCAUCUGCUUGUGGUCACACAAGUAUUUAGUAAUGGUACAAAGAGGAUGGCUAAUAAUGUUUUGUUUUUUUCUUUCUUGAUUGACAGUUCAUUUGUGACUGGAACAGCUUGCUGUGGACAUACCUCACCUUUGAGAAUCUGGGACUUGGGGAGGUAAGACUCUCUUACAGUUGUGGCAGUGAAUAGAAAAAUCUGCCUGUGGGAUGAAUACUUGUGGAAACUUUCUAAGACCUGACCGUAGUUGAAAAUUAAUGUGUACCAUUAACUCAGAAGUAGCCAAGACUUGGUUCAGCUUAGUCAUUGAUCUCUGGACCAAAAUCCUGCAUUAGAGAUGUUUGUAUACUUUCUUCUUUGCACGCACACACCAAUGAAUAUAUUUUCAUACUUUGUCUUUGCAAAUUCUUCUAUUGAACAGUUUUUUUUAAAAAAAAAAAGUAAUUUGGGCUUGUUUCCAAAUUUUGAUUCUCAUCUGUCUUCUAGUGACUUAUACCCGUUUCUUUUUGUGUUUUAUUGACAAGGUAGGACAAUUGACUUUAGCCUUGCAUUUUCCUUCUUGCUAGAGAUUAGAUUAUCUAUUCCUGGAUUCAUUUUUUAAAUUGGUAAUCAUUUAGCCUUUGAAACCAGUGAGAAUUCCAGAACUCCACCACUCAUUUACACCAAUAAAAUUCAAACGUAAUAUAAGGCCAAGGCAAAUAAAAAAAGGAUUUCACCUGGCACUGCAAACAUAUAUGGCACUGGAAUUGAUGAAAGCCACAAAUGAAAAGGCCCUAUCUCUGGUCAACAGCAUCUUACUUAUUUCAGGUGGGAGAAUGUGAAUCAGGACCUCAGAGACUGAUGUUUAUGUCCAGGCAGGUCCAGAUAGAUACCCUGGUCUCAAGCCAGUUAGGUUAAAACCAGCACAUCAAAUUGUGUUUGGAAAAGGACUGGUAGACUAUGCUUAUGAUAAUAUUUUAUUCUCUUGCUAAUUAUGCUCUUUGAAGCAUGCGUUUUAUAUCUGACUUCCUUUAGUAAUAUUUUCUUUUGAAAUGUUUAAGAUUUUGUUGUUGUUAUUUUUGCUGCACUGAAUGUGCAUUCUGUAGUUCAACCCCCUUUGUAAUGUUUUGUGUUGAAAUCUUUAAGAUAAUAUUUUAGUUUCCUGUUAACCUUGUUGCUUUGGACUUUCUUCUGUAAUGUUUUAUUCUGGAUUGUUUUAUUUGAUGUUUUAAUGUAGGUUGUAAAAGGCUUUGAGAUUUUUUUCUUUCAAAUAUAAAGCAGUAUAUAAAUGAAAUGAAUAAUAAUAAUAAUAGACCACACAGCUCUUUAAAAACUGACAUGGUAUGUUCUGUAUAUUGGGCCCCAGUAUGUUCUGUAUAUUGGGCCCCUUCCACAUUCAGGUCACAAUUUAAAAGAUACAAAGUACAGAAUGUAUAGACAGUGUUAGAUGGACCUGGGAGGAUCUGGCGCAAACAACUCACUCUAUAAGUUUGGGCAUGGUGUUGUCUCUUUGCCUCAUUUCACCAUCUGUAAAUUUGUGUCCUGCCUUGCUAGAUUUAACCCUUUUUGCAAUUCUUCCAGUCUGCCAGAGCAGUGCUGAUAAUAAGAUUUGUUGUUAUGUUGUUCAAUAAAAUAGCAAUGUGGGUUUGCUGAUUAACAGUCUCUGUGCUUGGUGAAUUACGUGUAAUGUGGUUCCUCUGCUUAGACUACAGGAAGAAUGAGGGCUUCUUUGGCUUUUUCUGUCCCCAUCCUCCUUGCCCAUGAACUUCUCCUGGCUUACCUCAAAUAGAAGCAGCACCGAGGAGCAAGUGAGGAGUGGCUGUGUCACCUUUUCUGCCUUUCCAAAGGAAGCCUCUAGAGAUAAUAAAGCUAUGUAGAAAAUAGGAUUAAGGUAAUGAACAGGCAGGAUGGAGUUUGAUCUUUCAAUAAGGCAAAAGCCUGACUGACAGGCAGAGCUAAAGCCUGGAACCAUCCAACCAAUGGGAAACUACCUACUGUGGCUGCUGAGUGUCACGGAUUCCUCCCUUUUCAUUUGUUUUUAGUGGAAUGCACUGUGCCACUGAGCUGCCCAUCUCAGGCCGCACAUGGAGGGAAGAGCAAAAGUCUACACAAUUUGGGUCUCUCACAUAUACAGGUUAAUCGGAAGUCUGUAGUUGGUGGGGCAACUUCUCACGAGACGUGGUAGUUGGUGAAAUUUGGGCAAUUAUGGAGGAGAAGGACCAGCAGUGUUUCUCCCUACUGGUAUUUUAAUUUUUGUUCUAUUACUGUAUUGCUUUUUCCAGCCAAGGGUUAUUUUUUGUGAGUUUGUGUUCUCUUCUGGACCCACCAAUGUAGCUAGCCCUCACACUGUCCAAAGGAGUCACUGCUGAAUACCUGCAAGUCCAUAAAUACUUCUGUAACUUAGGCCCCCGAAACAGACUUUGGACAUGCCUGGCUUACUUGCACUCUAGAAUGCUAUAUGUAGUAAGCAAACAAUUGAUAGAGUCCCCCUCCCAGCUCAUUUUGUAUAGCUUAAGCAUUUGAAUAUUUUCUUUAUUAUUAUUUGUAGCCCUCCUGCUUCUGGCUCAUUCGCCACCUCAAUACUGGACCCCCUCCCCCCUCCCUUCUUUCCUCCCUCCCUCUCCAAACAGCCUUGUGCUUCUUCACAAUUUUAAUCUUUCAAGUGUCAUGUUUUCGCUUUCCUUUCUCUGCUGCUCCUAUCAAUAUUCUGUAACCUUCUUGCCCAUUCAGCUGCACAUCUCUUUGUCAUAUACCUCUCCCUAUAUCUUUUCCCCACUCUUGCUGACAAGUCCCUUGUACCUCCUUUUCUCUGCUUUGGCACUUCUAGGUAGAUAAACAUAUGUCUGUGCAGUAGUAGAUUCUCUAUUUCGUAUUUAAGUCUCUCUCCUUUGCCCUCACGGGGCCACAGGACACUGUUGGAUUGCUGAUCAUUGUGAUCCAGCUGCAGAGCUUUACUAAAGAUCCCAGAACCGAGACCAAGGAAGCAGGCACAUUCCAGGCUGACCCCUCUCUUUCCCCUCUAAUCUAAUGUUGGCUUGGCUGUGGCCAAAUGGACUCUGCUACCUUAGUAGUUGUUUCUUUCCAAAGCCCUUUUGCUGCUCAUCUUUUAGCUGAACUAUGGUGGUCCAUUUGGGUGUUGUUUUCUCAGAAAGAUGUUUGGGUGCCUCUCUUUCUGGUGCAUUGGCUCAAGAAGUUGGAGCAUGCCACAGAAUUACACCAGAGGUGUGGUUUCUGUUUGUGACUUUACUUGGUUGGUGAUGGGAUGACCUUUGCUUUUUUUCCUGACCCUGUGUUUCUAACACUUUGGAUGUGUGAAAAGCUAUGCCAUGCUGCUUGGACACCAAACAUAGCACAGAAUCUUAGUGGAGCUUGGAGGGCUCCCACCCUCAGGGGGAUGGGAAACAGAUGCUGCUUCUGAAUGUUUCUAUUUACCCAUGCAACUCACCACUUUUGGGACUAUGCUGCAGUGGCAGUACUCUGGACUAUGUGUUCAGAUCCAUAUUUCUGCCCCCACCUCUGCCACUGACAUCUGUGUAAGAUGUUUGCCAUUGUCACUUGUUCUGGGUCCACUUUCUCUUAUCUGCUCUACAGGAAAGCAAAAUAGGGAUAUUGCCCAGAAAAAUCUGGGUGAUAUGCUUAGAUAGCUGUUUGUUUGGCCUAGGUAAAACCAGCAGCUUGCUAUAAAUAUCCAGUAUUGCAACAGAACUGUUCUAAACUUUCGUAUUGUGGCCUCAGUACUAUAAAUGUCCUGGUUACUGUCCCCAAGGAGGGAAAUAUGUGUCAGGUACACAAAAUGCAUUCAGGAGGAAAGUAAAUAAAGAAGAUUGGUAUUUUUCAAAAGAUGUGGCUCAAGGAGAGGCCUGCAUGAUGAUUGGUGGCCAAUAGGGAACUGGGAAACAAAGCUUGCAUGUGCCUUAAAACUGUUGGACAAACUUCGGGUACUUUCUCCUUCUAGUGUUAUUUAAAACAGUAAAUAACACUUUUGAUGCUAUUCACAGUUGGUUCCUGAAUCCCGCUGUCACUGGAUAUAAUAAUGCACACAAAACAAACAAUAAUCUGACAAAGUCAUGAAUGGCAGUAUUGAUGACAAUGCACCCUCUGCAAUAUGUCUUUAAGCAGAAGGUGGAGGUGAAAAGAAGGGCAUGGAUAAUGAGUGUGUGAACGUGUGUGUAUAUGCAUGUGCAUACACCUUGCACACACCUGCUUUUCUUCUUCGAGUGAAUAACUGAACUGGCUACUGUUGAGUCCUGGGCUGGAUGGACCAUUCACCUGAUCCAAUGAGACUUUUCUUGUGCUCUAACAUGCACCUUGAUCCCACAGCUCUGCAGAGACCCUGUGAACACUGGUCAUAAUUAGCUGUACUAUUUCCAAACAUUCUUCCCUCUUCUAAAUAAUCUUUUUCUUAAAAGUACUUGUGACAGCUUUUUUUUUUUAAAGGAACCCUCUAAUUUUUCCUCUUCAGUUCUCGAUCUUUUUAACUCUUUGAAAUUGGCUUCAUGCCAUCUCUGACACCAAACUGACACCUUUGCCUUUCCCCACUUCUUAUCCCUUUAUAGCAACAGAUGUUGAAAUUUUGUAUCCCUUUUAUCUGCCCCUCUUUAACCUCUUCCUGUAAUUAGGUUCCCCUUGUUAGCAGUACAAAGUGGGUUGGUCCGCUACCUAGCCUGCCUUUUGAGCUAUUGUGUCUGAGCACAUGUGGUUUUGGGUUAUUUGGAAAAGUCCCUUCCCCCUUAGGUAAUAGUGGUGGGCGGAUGGACAAAGAUUGUGGCUUUUUUCUUCUUCUUCUUCUUCUUCAUUUAUCUUUGCCAAGGAAGAAGAAGAAAGGGAGGAGGGGUAGGGGGCACAUGUGAAGCCAAAGCCACAGACCUUCACUUCUCAUCCAGUUGGGUUUUCUGUUCCUUUCCUCUCUGGUGCCUUUUUUCUUACCCCUUCGAGUGCUUAGGUGGGGCCCUUUUGAUGUCCUUUUGGGUACAGUUUAAAAGUGUGUGUGAGAGAAAGAGUGAUCAGUGUUUGUUGUUUCUUUCCCCACUUCUUCUUGUCAGUAAAAUAAUAUGCAUAACAUUUCAUUAAAUUCCUGAGAUGCUUAACAUAAUGAAUAUACUUCACAACUCUGCUGUAAAUUACAUUGUUUAACAAUUCUCUCCUGUACUUUCAGUCUCCUUCAUUCCAGAUUAAUUGGAUUAAUUUGAUUAACAUUCACAAUAAUACCUACUGCUUCAUUCAUAAUAGGGAUUUUAAAAUAAGUGACUUGAGAUUUGAAAUGCUAAUCAAAGAUAUUACUGUAAAGUGAAAGAGGAGAGCCCUGUGUAAAUGCCACGCUAAGCAUCACACAUUCUGACAUGUGCGAAUUUGUUGGAUUGGUGCUGUUCAAUUUAUAUUUCACCUAAUACUGUAUACAAAUUAAUUGCACAUUACACUUAUUCCAGUGAAAGAUGAAUAAACUCAAUUUCACAACAAAGUUAUCCUGUUGCCUGCCUCUUCUGACCCAUUACAUUUGUUUGUUUAAUCAUAUAUAAGCUAUAUCCCUCAUUCUUAUUAUCCAGGCUACUGUUGAAGGGAGUGUGUAUCUGGCUUUUUCUCACAUUUUUUCACCCAUAACACUGACUUUUCAAACUUUGUGUAGUCUUUUAGGGAUCUUUGUUGCACCAACAAAUGGUUUAGUAUCUGCCUCACUUGAAGAUUCUGGAGGAAAUGUAUCUGUGCUUGACCUAUAUCCUGUUUAAUUUGAUAGUAUGAUUUAAUUAUGCCUUCUUUCAAUAUUUUCUGAGCAAAAUCACUCCAAACAUAUCCCAAAGCUACAUAUUAUUCAAAUAUCUUUGUUUAAGAAACCUUCCAGGUGAGAUUUAGAGUGACUUUUCAUAUAUGAAUUCAAGCUUAUUCAGCUUUUUAUUUGCAAAUACCAUAGAAACAUGGCCUCUAAUCAAAAUGGAAAGCGUAAGUUGUAUUGCUUUCCUUUCAUUGAAAUCCAGUAAAGAUAUCUGCAAAGAAGUGCAUUCUAAGAUGAAUUUCUCUUUUGGGGCUUGAAUAGGAUCCUGCAAAAGUUUAAGGCCAGUUUUUAUACAACAUAUUGCAUCCAUAAAAUGAAGACCUUUUCCACAAUUUUAUUGAGCAGGGAUUGAAAACAUAAGACCCUCCUGAUAUUGUUGGACUCUAAAUGCCAUCAGCAUGGUCAGUAGUUUAGGGAAGAUGAAAGCUGUAGUACAACAACAUCUGCAUAGUUCCAUGUUCCCCAUUCCUACUGUUGAUUCAGAACAUACCAAGUUACCUGUAGUUGUUCAGUGAGAUCAAUAUAUAUUCAUGCUGAUAUGGAAUGGUAAGGAUGUGGAGGAGAUCAGCCUGCCUGUGAUUCCCCAAUUAAGAUAAAUCACAGAGACCUUUAUUAAAGAAUAUUGGGAAUACUCCAGGACCUACCACUGCUUCUUGAGAAACAGUUUGGAGGUGUUGCCAGGAGGGUCUCCUACGAUAUUCUGGUCAUAAUGAAGUUUUCCUUCCUCCCUCUUAUAGAAAUGUCAGACUUUGCUAUGCUGAUCCAUGUCACUGUAGUUUCCAAGCUGGAUAGCUGUAGCGCAGUCUACAUGGAGCUUCCCUUGUAGAUGACAUAGCUUCCCUGCCUAGUGACAUCAGGCAGGCACCUUAUCAGUGCCUGCGAAAAAUAUUUCUUUUCAGGCAAGCCUAUCCAGACUUGUGGAAUGCUGGCAUGUGUUUAUUCUGGCUUUGAGCUUAUACUUUAAAAAAAAAAUGUUUCAAAUAGCAGCUUUUAACUCUUAUUAUUGAUAAUUUUGUUGUUUUAUUCUUCUUGUAAACUGCUUUAAGGUUUUCUUACAAUCAAGUGGUAUAUAAAACUUAUGAAAUAUAACCAAAUAAAUAAGCUUCAACUCGUCAGAGCAGGCCUUUUAUAGUGACUUCUCCAAAACUGAGGUCCAGCACCGAGGGCCUUCUGGCAGUUACCUCACUGCGAGAAGCCAAGUUACAGGGAACCAGGCAGAGGGCCUUCUCGGUAGUGGCGCUCUUCCUGUGGAACGCCCUCCCACCAAAUGUCAAAGAGAACAACAACUACCAGACUUUUAGAAGACAUCUGAAGGCAGUCCUAUUUAGGGAAGCUUUUAAUAUUUGAUGUAUUACAGUAUUUUAAUAUUUUUUUGGAAGCUGCCCAGAGUGGCUGGGGAAGCCCAGCCAGAUGGGUGGGGUAUAAAUAAUAAAUUAUUAUUAUUAUUAUUAUUAUUAUUAUUAUUAUUAUUAAACUAUGGAACCUUCUCCCAGAAGAUGUGAGGAAAGCUACCUUCUUGCUGUCUCUUCAAAAGGGGUGUAAGACAUACACUUUUUUCAAAGCUUUGGACUGACUUAUUUUCUGUUGUUUUCAAUAUUAAAGUUCCUGGCUAAAAAAUCUUGAUCAGAAUUUAGAUGUUCACUUUUGGAAGCAGAGUCUCUUUCAAAAAUCACAAUAUAAAAAUUAGCCUUUUUGUCUCUGUGCUGACAUGUAACCAGAAUGCACUUUCACCCUCUGAAGCUUAAUAUAUUUUACUGCUAAGAGGGGCAGCAUAUGGGUUUAUCUGAUUGAUACCCAAGUCAAGAGGAGUUGAACAAGUAAGACUUUUCUCCAGGUAUAUCUCGAGGGGCUUGUCCGACCUUAGCGUUGGGUACACUUUGUAGAGGUUAAUACACUUUGUAGAGCUUUAGUGUCUGUGUUUUGCAUUUGGGGGGGGAUUGUAUAAAUAUGCCUUAUGGAUAGAGUCAAACUCUAAUAAUUAGAAAUAAAUUAAAAAAAUUAAAAAUUGUCCAGUAGCACCUUAGAGACCAACUAAGUUUGUUCUGGGUAUAAGCUUUCGUGUGCAUGAAAAUCUUGGUCAAAGAUUCUACCUUAUAACUCUCGCGGUGUCUUGCCUUUUAGUGCAAGUUAUAGCUCAGUCCCAGCCACCUUUAUUUAGAAGUAAGUUGGAUGGACUUUCUGUGAAGCUUAUUUAAAAGUCAAUGUGCAUAGGACCAUGGUUACAAUCAGUUCUAGGUAGACUUGAACUUUCUUAGUUCUUAGCCCUCUUUUGCUGCAUUUGAAGUUCUUAUACAGUUAAAGCAACAGCAUCUACCCUUCAAUCUACCUUGGACUCCUGACUUCUGUUCUGACCCUUUGUGUGCUCAAACAGCAUCUUGCAAUAUCUGUAAAAAAAUCCUCCAGAAGAUUUCGGUCUUUGAUCAGUUUCAUGCUCAUGAGUCAUAAGACAAUCUUUAUUUUCCUCUAGGUGGCAAGAGAAUCAACAGAAGCUAUAAAAAAUAAGAGCACCUACAUGUGGGAUGGACACACACACAGAGCACUCCCCCCCCCCAACCCUUUGGGCUGGCUCAUUUAAACAGAUGGCUUUGUUUUGAUUUGGAAUCUCCAUUUUUCUUAUUCUUUUUACUUUUUUUUUUGUCUGACGGCCGAAGGAGACCUCCAGAGUGCUGUCUGUUCAAAAAGAAGCUAUACAGUGGCUUAUUCCCACACAACUCCCCGCCGGUUUUCCUUACUGCCCCCCCCAAUUUGAGUGAAUUCCCCCCAUCUUUGAGACAUUCUUCACAUUCUUUGCAGAGAAAAGGGGUUAAACGUCUGAAUUUGGGGGUCACCAUGUUAUACAAAUUGCAAUCUAAUCGUUUUUACAAGAACACACGUGUGCUAAGAAAAAGAACCCUGAACAAGAAAGACAAGGAGACAGACAGCUUGCUUUGUCCUUUCUCCCCUGAAUGUUUCUUGCCAUUGUCAUAUUGCCGUGUCUCUCUCCCUUCUUUGCCUCUGGGAGGGAGAGAGUUGGUUUGAUAGUUAAAUUGGCCCGUAAAGCAGAAGGGCUUGGUGCCAUUUCUGUUUGUUUUCCCAAAUAAAAGCCCCAGAGGGGUCUCUUUUGCACCGUUGUGGCUUUAUUUGAGAAAACUGGCUUUUUCCCAUAGCUAGCAUGUCAGUUUAUCCUCUGAACUUAACCUUACGACAACCCGGACAACAAAAAACUUCCAGGGUCUCAGAGCCAGGAAAGGUAAAGAAAUUGUAUCUCUUUAUUGGAACCUUUAAAGUGUGUGUGGGCUAAUUCAGAGUCACCAGAAGAAAAGAGGGCAAAGCUUUUUUUUCCAGCCUCGCUACCACCGCUAUCAUUGCCACCCCUGCUGUAGCGAAAGGCUUGCGUGCCUCCAGCUGGCACAGGGAGCAUUAUAAGCAAUGUGCUGUCCAGCGUUAACUUUUUAAAAAGUAGCCUUGUCCCAAGAAUCCUGUUAUGGCUACACCUCCAAGUUCUUUUCACUCGGGUUCAUUUGUAAAUGGUCCAGGAACACUUGUUGAUUCUUUAUUAAUAAACUUUUAGCUGUGAGUUCAUAAAAGCCAUAGACCACCUCCUGAUUCUUCUAUGCUUCUCACCAUGUAUGCUUUCCGUCCCUAUAUUAUUAGCGAAUCAUAGGCAUAAGCAACAGUGUGACUUUAAAAAAAACAAAUUGGAAUGUAUCAAAAUGGAGAACUAAGGCUGGGGGGGGGGCAGUGGCAGGAAUAAGCAUUUGUGUAGUUUUCUGGGACUCACAGGUUUUUGUUAGUAUUUAGAGAAUCCUAGCUUCGUUUUAAUUAAUAAUUUUGGGCAACACUAUCUUGGAAUUACCUUUGCAAAUUCAGUUCUGGUUAAAAUUAAGCACCCAGUCAUUUCUUAGUGGUACCACAAUUCUAUAUUGGCUCUGGAACAUUCCAGUUUCUGACUUUUGUUGGCAUGCUGUUUGCAGUUGAUUGAAAUAAAGCAUUUGGCUGUUGAGACCCAAACAACAUCUGCGAACAAUGCCCAAACAUAACUCUGCAUGAAACUUUCCAUCAAAUUUUGGCAACGUCAUUAAGCCUGCCUUGGGCAUGUUUUUUUCUACCAGUGUAGAUGAUCGUGCAUGGAUGAUAUACCGGGUUAAGAUCAUGCACAAGUUUGCUUUAAUCAGUAGGUGGGGAGCCCCCAGCUUGCAAGCUUUAUUAGGCCUGCCAGGCCUCUGAAUUUGGCCUGUGAGGCCAUUUUGGACAAAUCAUGCCCAUCUGUUAGUCACCUGAAGUCAUAUGACAUCAGGUGUGGAGAUUGUUGUCUAAAUACUCAAGUGCUGCUUGCUCCUCGAUGGUAAAAGCCAGCAGCAGAGGCUUUUCUCAGAUCUUAGCACUGUGAGAUCACAGGUGAGCAGCCCCACCCACCUGCCAGAAAUGCAAAAUGACCCAUGGAAAGCGUCUCAACUGUGGAUCUGGGCCUCGGGCUGAAAAAGGUUCCCCACUUUAUUUUAAUACAUGUACAUGCAAUGAAAUAGAGGUCUGCUUGGUGAUGCAGCUGUUAGACCUGAAAAGGUUAGCCACUUCUGUUUUGUCUAAACUUCUGGAAAAGAAAGAGAUGAAUAAGUUAACUUAUCAGCAUCAAAAUUAGCUUCUGAUACAUCUAAUUUGUAAAUUUAAAUUCAUGUCAGUUCUAGUGCACUGCAGCUGUUGAAAUAGGUUCUUGCCUCUGAGAAUUCAUUGCUAAAUUUGCUGGACCUGAAAGUGCUACAAUACUUCUUAUGGCCUCUGUUCUCAACCCAACUUGAAUAAUGGAAGAUCGGGUUUGGGUAAAAAACAACAGCAACCCAGUGGAGAAUUUCCAGGUCAUCUCAUUUUGUUCUGCCUUUUUAAUCUUGGUUGUGCUGCUGAUUUCCUAGUGCUAGUAGUGUGGUUAGAAUACUAUUUCAGGAAGGGUAUUGUGACAAAACAGGAGAGCUGCUGGCAAACUAAAUUCUAUUCCCCCCUGCCAGAUGACCUUGUGUAUUCAGCAGUCAAAUUGUUGAGCAGGCAGCCUUCACCCUAGUAAGAUGAUGCUUGUGCCACUUGGAAGGGGCUUGGGUAGUAGCAAGAGAUACAAGAGCCUCUUGCCAACUGAAGAAGGGCAUUGUUUAGAGUCGAAAUGUCUCUUUGUAGUGUUGCAAACAGAAAAGCUUUUCCAGGAUGAGGGUACAGUGAGUUGAACGUCAAGAGUCUUGGCUUCCUUAAACCUAGCCAGAAGCCAUUCAACCUUUCUAUGAUGUGUGGAGUUGAAAGGUGAUCUUUAUGGGAAAUGGGUGGCAGCAGAAUGAUUGAAUUGCUCGAGCCAGGACAGACAUUACUGCAGAAAUAACCACUCACACAAAUGGUCUACUACUUGAACAAGUAGUGGAAUGAGUAAUCUACCCACACAUGUAGUUAUUUCUGUGGUUAAACCAGCUACAGUGGAACAUAGAGUUGGGGUUUGCUCUUGCCCCAGAAUACCUUGACACUAUGGAAGACACAUAGGUAGCCUCCAAAAUAAGAUUCUAAAGCUGUCUCGUCAUUUAUCUGGAGGAAAUGGCAAACUGCUUCUCUGUUUCAUCUGCCUCUAACCCCACAGUCUCUGAUACAAGAAAGGUCUUGCCAGUUCUUAUACAAAAAGAGUGAACAGAAUUAAACAAUUAUUUUGAUCACUGACUGCUUUUAUAAUUGUUGAUUGCCCCUUUCCAUUCAGAUUUCAUUUUGUGAUGAAACUGGCUGAAACUGAAUUCUGAACUCCCCCUGCACUCUGGGUAGAACACCCCUUGCAUUUUCUCUGCCUUGUGGCUACAUUUUAAUGCGUGUUUGUUUGUUUUUUUGAUUGCUUUUAUCUGAAUCAGUUUGUGUAUAGGCCUACUAAACUUUUCAGACUACUCCAUGCAUCUGAUGAAGUUUAUGAAAGGUGACGACACAAUAUAGUUCUUACAGGGGAGAGACUCCAGUGUUUCUUGCUACAGAGUGAUAGGGGCACCCCUUUGGAAAUCAUUUUGUUCAUAAAUGAGAGGGCUCAGGGUCAAGUCUAAGCAGAAGAGGUUGAACAGUCCCCAUCUGCCAGCACAUUUUGAUGUUAUCCUUCCCCAGCCUGGAAGGUAGGUGAGGUGCUGAUGGAGAAGUCGUGUCUCAGACACAAAAGAGAAUGAGUGGGUGAGUAAGUAAAUGUAGCAGUUGUAAGUGCUACAGAUCUCAUGUCAGGAUAAAGGGUGGAGAGCUCCUGUGGAUGCAUCUGCGGACUUGAGAGCUCAUUUGCACUAACAGAUCCUCCUUACAAAUGGGAAUGUAGUUUAUACCACCUUUAGAAGUGCUUUCAGACUGAAAUGCCUCCAUAUCCACACACCCCCACCCAAAAGUGCCUUGCAACAUGUCCUUAGCUCCCUGGGUCUCUUCUCAGUGUUACAGUUUCACACAAAAAGAGCUGUUGGAAGGCUCUGUUAGUAUAGUACCACAUGGGGCAGCAUUUUUCAUAGAAACCUUGGGUUCAGCAAGCAUCCCCAUGGGAUUCUGCAAAAUGUUACAGCCUCCCAUCUUAGGCGUUUUGCUUUGCCCUCUCAUGCUGGCCAGACAUCUGCGUUUCAAUAGUGGGAAGUGUCCACAAAUAACACAUGGCCUGAGUCUGUCUCAUGACAUACUGUAUAUUGCAAAAUUCACCAAAUUCAAGUCUUGAUACUGAAAGCUUAAUGAAGUCUUGGAAAUAUGUUUGUGAACAUUCUUGUCCCAUGAUGUUGAAUAAUUCCAAGUAAUGAUUAGUUAUUGCAAAUUUUUGCCUUUGAAUUUUGUAAUAGUUUAAAAAUGUUUUUAUUUCACUUUCCAGGAGGGGGAGCUUGUUACAGUGCUUGCUCAACAAAAAGGGUUGAAAACCACUGGCUUAGGGUGUGUUAUGCCUGUACGUCUCUUCCAUCCAAAUGAAGUGCUACUCAUGCUGUAUCAAGGGAGAAAAACCACAAGUGCUUUCAUUAGAAAGGACAGAAGCUCUGUUAAAUAUUCAGCAUCCCAUGAGAAUUUCUGGAAGUUUGCUUUAAAAAAAAGUUUUUGUGAGGUGAUUAGGGUGGCUUCAUUUUAAUGUUACACAAUAUUAUUUUACUUUAUAACCAUGAAUAACUUAAGUGCCAUGGUCUCAAUUCCUGAUAAAUGUUCUCUGCCCAAGUAAUCUCUAGAUUUUCUAAUGUGCAUAGAAGCACCUCUAUAGAUGAUGUGCUUCCAAUUCUGUUCUGCUUAUUGGCAUUUGUCAAGAGCUUUAUUCUUCUUUUUUUACAACUUGGAAAGUUUUUCACUAAUGUGAGUGUAGGAGAGGAAAGCUUAUUUGCAGUUCAGCCAUGAUCUAAGGAGCAUUUUUCAGACAACUCUGUCAGUCACACAACUGCAGUAUAAUCGCAGUCAUAUGUGGUCAAAUAGCUCAGUUAUCAGCAUGGUGCUGGUAACCACGUUUGCAGGUUCGAUCCCCAUAUGGGACAACUGUAUAUUCCUGCAUUGCAGGAGGUUGGACUAGAUGAUCCUCAGGGUCCCUUCCAAUUCUAUGCUUCUAUGAAUUCUAUGACUUUUGGAUCAGUUUGGACAGGCAAACCUCAACUUAUCCGGAUGUUCUUGCCCAGGAGUUAAAGGAUCAUCCUUUCAGGUGUUCCUCCUUUUGAGAGACAGGAAAUCCUCUUCAUAUCUUGAGUUUCUGCAUUUCAAGAGCCAGGCUGAGGAAUAUGGCAAAGCCAGAGAAGCAAAGCCAGGUCUCUGGAGAGCUCCCAGUAUGUGGUGAUAUAGUUGCCUCUGUAUGCUUCCAUAUACAUCUGGCCAGCAUCCCUAAGUAGGGUGCCUAAGUAUAGCUCCCACUAACCUCAUUUCCCCCAGCUCCUCCUCUGAAUUGCAAAGCGGGGCAGUUUUCUUUGUUUUUGUUUUGGCUAGAAGUCUCUCUUUCUUUAGAUGAUGGGUCCCCUGCCUCUUACUCCUGCCCUGAUCCUGCAAACGUCUUCCCCUCAUCUACCUCUAGCUGCAUAUUGUAUAGAGCAGAUGGGCUACACUCCUUCCUUCCAAGGGUUAAUGUUUUAAGAACUUGUCCAGCAAUUCCCUGCCUUGAGAAACACAAAGUGCAAUAACACAGCACCCCUGGAUUCAGGUUUUGUGGGUGGGUCGGGGGGGGGGGGGAGGGAUGAGGAUUAAUUCCUGCACUUGAUGUUAAAGCUUGCCCAAGAGGUUUGCCUUGGGGGGAGCAUCGCUAGGGCCGACUGGUUGUGUUAAAUGGUUGCUAAGGCCUUGGCAUUACGGCCCGAUGGAGUGUUCCACAGUCACGGUCACGGAGGGAAUUACACAGCCACAAAGAAAUUGUUAUUCUCCGUAAUCUGCUUUUUGGAGAGUGACUGGGGGAGAUGGGCCGGCCCCAGCAGGCCGCCGGUGCUGUGAUCAUGGAAGCGUGUUGGCUCUGGCGAGCAGGGCAGGGCUCACCUUCUGAUCUGGGGGACACCAGUGCUGCUGGUGCUAAUCUGCUUUCUCAGCAAUUUUGCUCCUGUGACACAACGGUGUUUACUUGUUUGAACAUCUCCCGGGACUCUAUUUCGCCUAUUGUGUGGUCUUUAUCCCCCCCACCCCCGAUGGGGCUUUAGCCCAGAUUACAGAUGGAAUUAAGGCCUCUGGCUCGGGUGCCCCAGAAAGACUGAUACGGGAUCAAGGAGCAGAAAGUAACAAAAUAACUGGGAGGAGGGGGAGGCACUAGUUGCUUCAGGGAGUGGGGCUGCAUUGUCCCACGGAGCGAGAGCCAGUGCGGCAGCCUGAAAAGCAGGCGCUCGGUGCUUUGUGACCAGUUCUGAUUAGACCGUUAGGGAGGAGGAGAAGGGCUGGGAACAUGUGGGUCUUUAGUGGCUGAAUGGGCUUCAUUGGACACUGUUGUCUGAGUGGUAGUGAGAACUGUGGCAGCCCGGCUUUCUCUUGCAAGGGAGGUGGAUUAGGAGCAUGUAUUAAUUAAUCAGAGAGCCCUGUGCUAGACAGACCUUGUAGCUGUAAUGAAGGAAGGGAACUACUCAGCUGUCUUACUCAGCCUCUUAUUCCUUGCAAUCCUUUUGCCUUUCGUGCCCAUUUGGUCCUUAACUGUCUCCUGAUAUAAAGUUGCAUUCUCAUUCCUUUAUGAAAAUGCCUCCUGAAUAAGGUGGGGCAUUGCAGAAGCAGCUCCUCUCCUUCCAGCCAUGGGGAAGUGGCUGCAGAAAGUUCUGCAACCCGAGCCAUGUCUGUGAGACUGGGUCCCUGUGAAAGCAGCCUCAGAUGGCUUUUCAUCUAAAGUGAGCCUGCUCAAUAGACUGAUUCAGAUGAUGGGAAUGAACACAGCCUGCCUUUCAGUGUUGGUUGUGUGAUGUGGGGACACUUAAAAACAACAACGAUAUGGUCCAUCCCCAGUCCUCCCCAAUUUUAGCCGUAUCAUGCUUCCCCACCUCCCCCCCGAAGGCUGCCAUGAGAGAUAAGCUGACAUGAAAGAUAGGGGACUGCUGUAUCCUGUGUAAUUUGAGCACUAGAAAAAGUCUAGAUAGUUCCCUUGGGCAUUGUUGUCUUGCAAUGCUAAGAGUUCACGACAGAGCAGGUUGAAAUGCUUUCAUGAUAAUGAUGGAAGUGCAGUGAAUGCUGUCAUCUCUAACACUAACAUUACAUGCAAGAGGCUGGCUGGAAGAAGGGAACCAAUCUAGGUGAACUGAAAGACAGGGUUUACUGAAAACAUAAAGCAUAUCUGGAGUACAAAUGCAGUACAACCCAUCUAGGUGUGAACAAAAUAAAAAAGGAAAUGAGUCUUGGAAAAUUGGAGUUGCUUUUCAGUACUGCAGAGAUGCUGCCUAAAAAUGCAGUGAGCCAGAAAAUGUUUCCCAUGAGCAGAAUCCUUCACUCAUUCAGAGCUGGACAGAUCAGAAACCAAGGGCAGCUUUACUCAUCACAUGGCAGCAAAUAUCGUUUUUGCCAUGUAUGUGCAACAAAGGGAGUCAAGGCUUCCUAGCAAUUUUCAGGGUACACAUGCUUCCAAACACUGGACUUUUUUUUUGCCAUGUUCAUGCUUUACAUUCUCAGGUAUACAAGUAACCAUUUUACAUGAAUGCUGGGGGGGGGGGGGAGUAGUAACAGGCAAAAGCUUCCUAAACAAUUGAGCUGUAGAAUGCAGCUCACUGCUAUGGUCCACAGUCUUCAUGAAAACCUGCUUUCCGUUCUGAACUCUUGCGUUUACAAUUGAUCAGUGAACUUCCAGCCAUAAUGUGGGAUUGCACUGAUUGAGUGUCUCCUUCCUUGCUGUGCUGGUAUUUGUAGACAAGAGAGGAUUGCUUAGGGCUAUUAGCACAAAGACAAAAUACAUAGAACCCUUGGAGAAGCACAAUUGUUUCCAGCACAUGCUGUUUUCCACUAUAUCAAGUAAGUGUUCCUUCAGUCUACCAGGGAGGUCUUUUGCGUGAGUCUUUGUUUGUCAAGGAUAGUAGUGCUCUCAACAAAGAUUUAUUUUCUGACACAGUUGUAUGUCUUGCUGUUCACAAAGUGGUUGCCCUCUCUUGCCAAGGAAGCCCCAAAUUGUUAUGGCUAGAUAUAGAAGCAGAGUGCUAAGAAAAUAAUAUAAGUACACCAGAGGGAGAACUAUACUACAGCCAAGCAUAUAUACCCCUUCAUAUUUACAGAGAUCUUCUAAUGACCACUAAUGUGGUGUCUAUGGAUUCCACAACUAGUAUAUUAUCUAAAUUAAUCUCCAUCUUUGCUAAUAUAAGGGCUGCUUACCAAUGCUCUUUGCUUUACAGAAAAACAUAUUAGUUCUGCUUAGUGUGAGAGGUAGAUUUGAGUAACGGCUUUUAUACUUUCAGAGGGAAAAUGGCUAUUAUUUAUUUGUCCUGGUAUGCAACCUGUGCUCUUUUUCUUUAAAAAAAACUGGAUACAAACUAACCUGCAUUUGAAUGAUCUUUCAACACUUUCGUUUCAUUAAUCUUCCCUGACAGAAGAACUGCUUCAAAACAGAAGCCUAACAUAUGUAAUAAAAAGAUGUUCAGUACCAUAAUCGGUUCUCUUUUCAGUGGGCAACUAGUCACCUGCCUUGGGACAGACUUCCAUCGAGGAGCUGGAGUCCUGGAUGUUUUCUAUGAAACACCUUCCACCUUGCUGUCUUGUGGGUAUGAUACCUAUAUCCGAUACUGGGAUUUACGGACGAGCACAAGGUCAGUCUUGCAGCCUAUUUAUCAAAGCUGGUUGGGAAUACCAGCUUUGGUUGCUAAUUUCCUAGGUGUCUUGCUCUGACAUUCCAGGCUAUCCAUAAGGAUUGGUGAUCCAGUAUGUGGAAAAGAAUGCUUUAAAGGUCUUUUGUGAUGUUUUUCUCCCAAAAAGGGAAUGUGUCAAGCAAUGGGAAGAGCCUCACGAGUCGGUGGAAGAAGACUGGAAAAAGUUUAAAGACUAUUUACAGAAAUACUGUAAAAUUAAUUAAUGUUAGGAAAAUGUUGGAAUGAAGUUAUAUGGCUUUAGUAGAAAUGUUAUAAGGAAUUAAGUAUGAAUAGAUUAAUAGAGUAUUAAAGGGAAAAAUAAGGUUAGAAUGUGUUAAGAUAAUUAAAGGUUAGAAAGCAGAGGAAGAUGGAAAGGAAUUGCUGAAACAAUUAACAGAAGUGGAAUACAAAAAGGGAGGUGCGAGGAGGUCAUUGAAAUAAGUGAAUGAAAGAUAAGAUAUUGAAACUGUUUGAUGUGUUUUAAACUGUUUUUGUUUUGUUUUGUUAGUUUAAUGUGUUAGUGUUAUGUAUUGUUUUUGUAUUGUAUUGUAUUGUAUUGUUUAUUUUUUGUGUGUGUGUAGUGUUUAAAUUGUUGGAAAAGUAAUACAUAUUAUUUUAAAAAAAUAAAAAUAAAGGUCUUUUGUGACGUUUUUCUCCCCAAAAGGGAAUGUGUCAAGCAAUGGGAAGAGCCUCACGACAGUGCCCUGUACUGCAUUAGGAGCAAUGGGAAUCACAUGAUUGCAAGUGGAUCUUCUUAUUAUGGCGUGGUCCGUCUCUGGGAUAAGCGACAAACCAGGUGCUUACAGGUAAGGAAUCACCAUUAUCUUUUCAAAAGUUGGUAAAAGGGGAACUAUAUCAAGUUUCCCGUACAAGGACUAAGGGUGUGGAGAUGUGUGUCACUUCUGCUCAUUCCUGAUUGCUUUACGUAAACAGUAAUAGAUGGGAGUUCAAAUACCUACUCAGCCAUGAAGCUUAGUAGCUUACUUGUUCAGUGCUGGUUGGUUGGCAUCCGUCUGUCUCGAGACACAGUGGAGUGUGCCUUUGGGGGUGAAGUCCAACCACUGCAUUAGCAGCACCAAAGUGACUUCCCUGGGGCAUAAGCCUGCUACACACUAAUUUUUGGCUGGGGGACGGGAAUUGUGUUUGUCACCUUGAGCUCCAGAAGGGUGGGGUACAAAUGUUCUUACAGGACCAAAACAAGCCUGCCAGCUGCUCCCUAUUGUCAUGGUACUAGGACAAGGAAUUGUGUUUAUGACUUCAUGAGACCAGGUACAGGUUUUAAAUGCUGACAUGCUGUUUUGUGCUGGUUUUCAGGCAGGAAACUGAACUGAUUCAUUUUUAAUGUUUUAAUAAUUUUAAAGUUUUCAUUGUUUGAACUCUGUGUGAACUGCCCAGGGGACUUUGUUGAUUGGGCAAUCAAGAAGUGUUCUAAAUAAAUGAAUGCAAAUUAAUUGGGAGAGCAAGGAAUUGCCUAUGGGGAUCUGAUACAACAGCUUUGGGUUCAGUCAAACUCCAAAGAUGUCAGUAGGGAUAUAUCUGUGUAGUGGCGAUUUCUCAAGCUAUUGCUGCCACUUUGAGCUGGUCUCGUUCAGAAAGACAACUGGCAGUGCCCUCACUGUUGCCUCACCUCAGUUCUGUUAUCUUCUUGCUAUGAUGCAGAUGCAGAUUUACAGGGUGCAAUGGAAUUUUGUGGGUGCUGGAUGAUUGCCAUCUUAUCACUGGCUCUUAUUCCUGAAUAACAGAAAUCACCUAUCUAGGAGGAUCUUUUAUCUUUUAUCUUCUUUACAGAGCUUCUACUUGUCAUCACCCACCAGCAGUCCUGUGUAUUGCCUGCGCUUCAGCACCACUCAUCUCUAUGCCACCCUGGCAUCUGCCCUGUAUGCCCUUGAUUUUACUACCUCCUGAUGGAGAUUGGCUUGGACUGCAGAUAUAAUACCCAGCUCAGGGAGCACAAAAAGGAAAUGAUUACCUUGACAGAACAAGCAGCCUGAAACUCACACUAAGUGCUAUGGGGGAACCCAAGGAAGGAAUGUUCACCUGCCUUCUGGUUCCAUUAAAGGCUAAUGUCUCCUUGCCUCAUUUUAUUUUGCACAUUUUGGGGUUCUGUGUUGCAUUUUAAUUUAUUUGAAGGCAUUAUUCAGCUUGGCAACUUGUGCAUUCUCUUUUGCUAUCAGCAUAGAUUCUGUUUGGGCCUCUGAAUGCUGCAAGCCAACCAUUCUUCAUGUUUUGGAUUUAGUUUAGGAGGAUGGGACUAGCUGCUUACUUCACUGACUCUCAUCACUGCCACAUAAAUGGACACUGGGCUAUAAGACCAAAGCCUUAGAUUACUCUGUGCAAAUUGUACCAAUUUUUAACUGGCUGCAUACAAGGAGUGCUGCACUAGAAAGGUGUUGUCAGGUCAAUGUGCUAAAUAAAUUUUACAAUGGGAAGAAAGAAUGUGAGUUCAAAACCAGUGACUGACUAAUAGCUGUAUAAUUUGAAUAGAUUCCUAGGAUCAAAUGCAUUGAUUUGCUUACCUAAAAAUAAAGUUAUUUCUACAGCUGUAACUUUUGAAACAAUGAACUACAUCAGGCACAUCCAACUCCCAAGAGACUGCGAUCUACUCCCAGUAUAAAAUAACUGGCAAUGAUCUACCCAUUGUCAAUGGAGGUGUUGAGCUUUUUUUUUUGAGGGGGGAGGAAAAAAGACAAUCAGGGUGGAAAAUUAUUAAAAAGGUGCAUAUCACACACUGUGAUACAGCUAACAUUAAUUUCGCUUUCCCGCAACAGUCACUGCUGCUGCGGCGCCAACGAAGGGACCUAGCGCCUGCAGUCCAUUAAGGGGACAUUACUUGCCUGCGAUUGACCGCAAUCUACUAGGAUGUUUUUCUCCGAUAACUUUGUGCAACAUCCAUUCCUGGUUACUUCUAAGAGUAGGACACAACAGGGGGAAAGUAGCCAAGUACCCUAGCCCGUCAGCCACUCCCAACAAACAUCUGUGUUUGUGACACAUUCCUUGAUCAUCCUAUCUCCAGCCUUCCAUUAAGAUAUACAGUCCUAACAAAUUCAGUGAGCGACAGAGAAAUCAGCAUGCUUAGGAGAGAACCCAAAGGUUAAAAGAUCUUCAGGAAUACAAAAAUUUAUAGGGCAGCCCCCAGCAGCAACUCAUUGAGGACUGAGCAUGCCUAGCCAAAGAAUACUGAAUGUCCAAUGAGGGGGAAAUGGCUGGACCCCUGAACAGCAGCUCUACAGACUAUAACAUUUUGUUGCAAGUAACCUUGUUGGUUCUAUUUGCCAUUAGUAUAGCAGAGUUCUAUGGAAACUAGGAAAGGCUGUGCUUUUAAGGUUUGUGAACCUGCAGCUUAAAGAUAAUCAUCUACCUUUUGCCUGUUGUGUGCCUGGCCUAUGUUGUUGUUUAAUUAAAAAAUUCUAGCCAUUAUUCACAUAUAAAAUUGGGAUCAGGCUGGGAGGGAUAUAGUUUUCAUAGAAGAAUGACAGAAUGGACAGAUAUUGUUACAAGAUCAGGUUAUUCUUCCACGCAUACGGGAUUGAGAAACCAGCAUAGAAAUUUGAACAUUUGCUUUUAUUAAAAUGAAAUUGAUACCUUCAAUAGUGGUACAAACUGGCAUAAAUGAUAUACUGAGAGAGGUCAAAGUAUUGAGAGCUCAGAAUAUACACGUUCUAGGGCAAAGGCAGUGGGAAAAAAUCCUUUAUGCUUUGUUUGAAACAGGUUGGGUGUUCAGUUUGAGGGGUAACUGCAGGCAGCUGACACUGUCAGCUGGAAACUAUGUAAGAUAUGCUUACUUGGUUCUUGCACUUCCCUUUAUAUCAACUUUAAAUGCUAUUGCAUGCAGUAGGAGAAGUAAUGGUACUCAUCUUUUUUCUGGGACCUCUCUCCUGCCAUAUUCUUGAAGACAAAGACACAAGUUUUUAGAACCUUUAAAGUAAUUCAUAGUGCUAUAGAGGAUGCAUAUACCAUAUUGGCCUGAGUAUAAGCCUCACUUUCCCCCCCAAAUUCCGACUGUGAAAAGUGAAAGCGCAGCUUAUCUUCACGACCUUACAGUAUGCAGCCGGGAGUGUGAGGCAAACAGCGCCAGGAGCGCAGCAUAGUGGUGCCCGCCCCAUAUGUAGUCCCCCAAGGCUGGGAAGGGAGAGAGGGAGGAAGGGAAAAGGCCACCGGCAACGCAGCACGGCUCCCCCCCCCCCAGUAUGCAGCCAGCAGCAACGAGGAAUGGAGCAGCUGAUAUUUGGGCAUUUUUUUCUUUUUUUCUUCCUCCCCUCCAAUUUUAAAGGUGCGGCUUAUAUUCAGGCCAAUAUGGGAGUUUUGGCUCCCCGAGAAUUGUAAUUAGCACACAUACAAAGACGUCAACUCCUAAGAGACUGGUGCUUCUCACCUGUGCUGGACACCAGCAGGCUGAUGGGGAGCUCUAAAAGUUUUGCGAGAAAGCUCUUUCAGAAUCUACAAACUCGGGUAACUUAAGUCCUUCCCCAAAAAGUUUGUCUCCAAUCAUCUCCUUUAUUAAAUAAAAGUAGUAAAAUAUAUACAGAUGA